AUCAGAUCAGCCCUUCCCAUUACCAGCACAUGUCAUCUGUCCUGCUGUAUGGAUGGUGUGAGCAGGUUAAAGGGACAUAAAGCAUGUCCCCUGGGAUCCCACCCCUUUCCUUACUCCUCCUCCCAGAGUAUGAUGUUCAGUGAAGGAGCCAGGCAGCUGCUUAUACAUUGCUAAUCCUAACCCCCUUGUAGUCCUACCCAGCAAGGCUGCUCUGUGGAAGCAUUUCUCUCCAAACAGCAGCAACACAUCCCUCCCCUGUAUCAGAAUCUGCUACAUAUUAACAGCCACUGUCUGCAUAGAUCUAUGUGCACCGCCUGCUAGACACUGCUCAUAACCUGCCUCCUGCCCUCAUCACAUCCACACAGACACUCAUGUAAUGUAAUGGGGUCCUCUCCUCCUGGGGGCAGCUAAAGAACAACAGGAAUUGAUUGCCCCAGACAGCAGGACCCUCCCAGUCACCCACCACCAUGGUGUCUUGGAUCAUAUCCAGGCUAGUUGUGUGAGUAUCUCUGUUUGCAUUUAGUGUCACCCUUUGUCUGUGUGUUUGUGCUGUGUGUCUGCAAGGCUGUCAGUGCAAGGUGAUAUCCCAAAAUGCUAAAAUUAGCAGCUGCCAGCCUGGAUCUGCAUGUCUCUCAUUAAAGGUUUAUACAGCCUAUAGUAUAAUGCAGACACAGUGUACACAGGGAGACAGCCAUCAAUCCCCUAUAGUACACUGACCCUGGAUGUCACAGUAUACAAUGAUUAACAUGGAGCCACAAUCCUUAUUCUACAUUUGUCUUUGUUAUUUGUUUAUUAUGAGAAAAUAGAAUAAUGUAUCACAGUGCCAGCAGAGGGCUCUGUUACAGAAUGGCACAUGUCUUAAUGUAUGCUGCUUAAUUGGAUUCUCUUACAUUACUGCCAAAUAGAUACAUCUGAUUCCUUAUAUUUGUAUUUAUUGACUUGAAUAGCAUUGACACUGUGAAUGUAAAGGUUUUAUAAUAAAUCUAUGCAGAACAUCGUUAUUAGAUCAUUAUUAUUCAUCUGUCCAUCAACCCAGGUAGACAGGGUCCUACCAGUUAAAGAAUGACACACACAUAUUUGUUUAUCAGAGAGUGAUAUAUGUAAUAAUAUCCUAUAAAAAAAUGUAUAUGUUUGUGCAAAUGUACAUAUAUACACAUUGUUUGCUAAUUAGAGUGUAACUAGCUCUCUCCACCCUAAACUCAAAGCCUAGCAUUGUAAAAUGUAGAUGUUGUUAGCUGAAUAUAAUGUAUUUCCAUAUAAUAUUAUUUUUAGACAGGUAUCUAAAUACUGUCAAUAUGUUCACAAACCAUAUAUGUUGGUUAUACAAUUAGAAAAAGGUGAGGCCUGUGUUUCUUUGUUUCAGCAAGGUGCUAUACUACAGACUACUGGGUACAUAUACAUUGUACAAACUGGGAGAAUGGCUGUGCUGGGUAGAUAAAAUGUAAUCUCAAAAUCUCCUAAUAAUAAUUAUUCUGUAUAAAUUAUUAUUAUUCUGUAUAAAUGUUUGAUAGCAAGGCUGAUGGAUGUCACAAUGACAUGUCUACAUUUUUUUUUUCCUUUUGUAGACCCAUUUCUUCUUUUUUUUAAAAAAAAUAUGUGCUAGUGAUCUAUAAUUAUUUAAUAUUUUGCUGAAAUACUGUAGCAUAGAACCUCUUAUAUUUAUUAGAUUUUUAGAUUAGCUUUGCUUUUACUCAUAUUUAUUACUGCUUACAUUUUUAUUUUAUUAAUAGUAAAAAUAAGGAAUACAUUUCAAAAGGCAUAGUGGCACGUUGUGAUCAUGGACAAAAAUGUAUUUGUUUACUGACACACCAAGCCCAGGGAUGUGAGAUAAAAAAAGCAGAAUUAGGGGUAAAAGCGUAAUAUAAAAAUAGGCAUUUUAUUAAAUUGAUAUUCUUGCAACUGUUUCACAGUUAUGCCUCCCAUUAAUGUUUUGUGGAUCAGCUGUAGAUAGUUAAUAUUAAAAAAUAUUUUUCCUAUUAGCAAAUAGUUGUCCUAGAAGCUCUGCCUGUUCUGACAGGUCUGUGUUUAGUGCAGAGAGUUUGUUCACAGUGCAAAGGUCAUUGAAAGUAAAUCUGGUUAACAAGCAGCUAUAGGCGAAUGUUUUAAAAAUGUUAUAUAUAUGUUUUAAAAUUUCCCUAGAAUAUCAAAAAGAAAAAAAAAUUGCAAUACUAGAUAGACACAUCUCAAAAAGCUUAGAAAUCGAUAGCCUUCUGCCUGGAUUCAACGCCCCACGGGAAAUAAACAGUUAAAAAAGCUUUUAGUCCCUUCUUCUGCUAGAAAGGGAGUUUGACAGGGCUGUCCUUCUGCCAAGGCUUGGAGGGCCAGUCUGUUUAUAAGCAAUGUCCCUGAAAAGUGCUGAUCAUGUGGGGCUUACUGUGUACAUAGCGCAUGAAGCCAGAAAAGCCUUUCAUUGGCAAAGCAGGGUGAUAAAGGGACUGCUUUGUGGAUGGUGGGACAGCAGUCGACAGCAGUCAUUAAAGGGGAAUUGUUGAUUCUAUAAGAGUGAUCGUUCUGCGUUCCCUCACCCUUACACAUAGCUCUGCAGCAUAUCUGUGUCCCAGAUGAUGCCUUUGUCCAAUAAUGCUCAGUGCACAAUCAUGCUCACUUAUCACUGAAAUAUUCUCAUAGAUUGAAAUUCUUCACAUCUUGUUUUAUUGUAUGUCAAUACAUGUUCUCUGUUAUCCCCAUUCUAUAUUUCAAGUGCUGUGAAAUAUAAAUAAUAAUAAUAUAUACACAUGCUUGUCUUGCUGUAGUGGUUAUGGUGCCAGGAGUGCCCUGGUGCACCCCCCUCCAUUGUAAUGCGCCAAAACCACAUUUGAACGGUUUGAUUUCAUACCCAUGACAGGUGUUGUUCCCAUCCUUUGCUACCAUUUCUGGAGAGCUGCAAGUUCCUAGGCAGGAAUCCCCUAAAAAUAAUUAGCAAUGCGGGGCUUAGGUAAUUGGCUGAGAGUAAUCAGCUGAUGCUUAGGGACUUCCUGCUUCAGAGGAGGGGAGCGGCACCUGACGGACCCCAUGUAAGAAAUCAAACUGUUCAAAAACAGAAUAUAACACUGCAGAUGGUAGUAAUUCAACAGAGCCGAGCCGAGUAAUUCAGCAGAGUCAAUGCAACACUUUAAUGAGAAAAAUAUGUCCAAAGAUCACUAGUUUUUACCUAUUAUCAUCAUAUUAUUACUGUGACAUUUACUUCAACCCUACUAGAAAGGCAAUACUGCAUGCAUCGCACAAAUGUUCUGCUAAUUUUAUUAGCUGGUUUUAAUCAAUUGCCAGAGGGGAAUCCCAAUCAGAAUUACCUAUCUCUCUUUCUGUCUAUUUAUCUAUCUGUCUGUCUUUCUGUCUAUUUAUCUGUCUGUCUGUCUAUAUACUUAUCUGUCUGUCUGUAUGUCUGUAGCAGGGGCGGAUCCAGAACUGAAUCUCGGGAGGGGCACUCGGAGAUUAUUACAGGGACAAUCCAGGCACAAUAACCACUACAGCUCUUUGUAGUGGGUAUGGUUCCAGGAGCGCCAUGGCACCCUCCCUGAGUAAGUAGUCAAACCGUUUAAGAACAGUUUGACAAAUUACCUGGGUUCUGCCAGGUAUGGGGCUGUAGUAUGGGAUAGAGCCUGCAGUAUGUGUCUAGUCUAUUCUGUUGUUGGCCAGAUUGUCAUUGUCACUAUUGUAGAAUCUUAUCUCAGUGUUUGAUUUGAUUUUAUGAUCUUGGCUAGCUGAUGUUCACACAGAGGUUAGACACACAGAGGGACACAAAUAGACUAAACAUGUAAAUCUUGAUGUUCCUGACGUGGAAAACGCAAUGGAUCGUUUCAUAUUAAUAUUUGUCUUAUUAGUAGCAUGUCGGCUGCCAAGGGCCUAAAAACAAUCAUUUUCUAAUAAGUCUUUGCACAUCUCGGGCUCCUUCUUUAUUGCGAGACUUGUAUAUUCAUUGUAGUUGCUGCGUCAUUGUAUAUUCAUUGUAGUUGCUCAGUGUUACCCUAGUUGUACAGUCAUGUGAAACACUGACCAUGUGGCUCAAACUAGACGCAGACGAGAAGCUUGGAAAUGGUUAUUUUAAUAUUGCGUUACCAUUCUUAAUUACAAGCUCUUUAAUUGAUCAAAUCGUGUUCCAUCAAGUGGGGUUUUCAAUGGACAGUGAGGGCAAGUAACAGUUGCAGCCAGUGAAACAUAAUCUGAUCCCAUUUCUGCUGAGACACGUAUCUGGGACAGAUGAUUGGAUUUAUGGCUCACACAGUGAUUCACCUCCAUUGCCCUGUGUGUAGAAAGCAGUCUGUGUGUGUGGCCAGCUCUGUCAUUUCACCUGUCCCAGAAAUCUCACUGAAUCGUAAAGAACAAACUGUGUCCAGUGUAAGUAUUGAUGCAAAAAAUAAAAUGCUUUCACUAAAAUUGACACAAAUAUUUUAAUUAACUUUACAUUAGCUGCAGAUCUGGCCUCUGUAGCUACUGGAGAUACUCCCCUUCUUAUCAAAACCUUUACUUCCUUGUUAGUGCUACACAAAUUUCCUGUCCAAAGCUUCUCAUAGAGAUGAGUUGUUUUAUUGAGAUAUAGUUAUUUGUAUUAAAAAAGUCAUACUUCUCAGCCAAAAUCUCAAUGGGCAUGAUAGGAGUUGUAGUUCAGCAGGGCCAGGCAACCCUUGCAGAUGGUAUUGUGUUUUUUGACUUUUUUUUUCCUCUGACCUUUUUUUUUUAAAAUAAGGGUGUUAAAGAGCCAGGCAGAUCUGACACUGUGUGUAACUCACUCAACCACGGGCGGAUAUCCAAAGCGCCUGGUGUUAGCAAUCUGUAGAUUCAUAUUGUUUGACAUUUCUUUUAUUAUUUAAAUGGACACUCGAAGCCCCAAAACCACUUCAUCUUUAAUAAGUGGUAUUGGUGCUUAGACCCUGUUAAUUUUGCAUGGAAUUGUGAACCAUUGCAGUUUCAGAAACAGCAAUGUUUGCAUUUUAUCAUAACCACACGUCUCGUGACUGUCAGAGAGACAGUAAUUAGAGGAAUACUUUUAGUAAUUUGAAAUCUUCAUGUUCAGCCUCAUCAUCAGUGCCAUUCAAUGCUGUGAAUGAAUGCUUCUCCUAAAGCGGUCUUAGAUUCAGUGCUUCUCUCUGCAUCCGAUUGGCUGAAUGUGGCAAGUGUCACACAUGUCCAGUAUUGCUUCUCCAGGAGACACCUUGGAUUGCACCAGAGAUCAUGAAUGUAUGGUCCCAGAAGAAAAGGAGCAGUUGCCUGGUAGAGACUGCCCCGUGCCGAAUGAAAAGGCAGUAAAAAUAGCUUCUUUUUUCAUUUUAAAAUAGGGUGCGGGAUGUUCUAAAAUUUAGGACAUUUCUCUUGUAUUUUUUCCCAGUAGGAAUAUCAGAACGUUAGGGUGCCCAGGACCAUUGAGAUUAAGUUGUUAUGGUGCACAGAGUGUUCCUUUAAGAGUUAUGGGACUUACUAAACCAAAUCACAGUGAAUGUCAGGUAGAAGAAGGGAAAACAAAAUGAUAGCAUUUAGAGAGGGAAUUAACAGCAAAUGGCUUAAUGAUAAAGAGAAGUACAAUUUUAUACAGAAAAAUAUAAGAUAAUAAAAAACAAUCCUAUAAAACAGUAUAUUCAUUUAUUUUAAUAAGCUGAGAUGCUUUUUUGUUAGCUGUCGUUGCUCACCUUAAAAGCAGGAAAUAUUAUUUUACUCUUCGCUCUAUCUGUAUCGGCAUUUAGAAAAUACAAAGAGCGUAAAUACAAGUAAUUCAAUGCUGGUGCAUUGAUUGUCAGCUCUCAGGAAGCCGGUGAUGGUUACGAAACUGGAAUAAAGGGAAUUUCCUUUGUUUGAUGGGCUGGGCACGUUUCCUGAAAUGGAAAACAUACACAUUUACAGAGUGAGAAUUAAAAGUGAAUUUCAAGAUGAAGGUCAGAGUAGCCGAAGUGACUUAGAGAAUGUUUCCAAUUCGGCUAUUUUGACCUUAAAUUUGAAAUUCACUUAGAAUUCUCACUGUAUUGAAUAACCUUGUUAAUAUUCAAUGGUGUGAUAUAUAAUUGGAUUCCUGCCCUAAAUAAAAACUUUUAGAAGUGACUAAUGUAACAAAAAAGCACAUUUUCUCUUUUUCUUGGGAGUUGCCCGGGUUGACACAUAAAAAAAUAUAUAUUUUUUCUGUCGCUAUUAAAAGUAAUCAGUAAUUUCACUGUCAUCGCCUCCAAAUAUUCAGAAUUUGCGAGGAGCGGCACUGAAUAGGAAAGUAGUCUAAUUUCUCCAGACUGCUACCCUUAUAUUCACUUUCUCUGUGGAAUGGAAAUAAUUUAAUAAAUGAAUAGCUGUCAGUGGACAGGUGGACAUGUCACUGCUAUUUCGGUUGAUAAAUAUACAAGGGUCUUUAUUAAGACCACUUUAUGAGAUAGAGAUAUAACGCACUUGACAUGAGCCUCCACAUUGCAAGUUAGACUUUCUAAAAUGGUUUUGUAAAUUUACACCUUGUGAUGGCACUGUGGUAAAUGGAUAUAGGAGACAAUGACCCCAGCCAUUUUUAAUGCAAUGUAUAAAUAAUGCUUUUUAAAAUUAGGCAAAUUAAGAAGACCACCUCCCUAACCAGGAAGUGGUUUCACCAAUCAGAUGGCGGAGAUGGUGUUUUUUUUUCUUCCCAUAAGCCUCUGUCAAGCAGGCAUUUAUGGCAUAUAUGGUUUACCUUUAUAACAUCAUUAAAUAGGAUGAAUAGAACUUCCCUAUGUAGCCUUGCCAAUUCUGCAACCAGUUCAUACACAGCUCAGUUCACAGUUUUGUAAAUUGGAGACUGUGCAGUAUUCUCCCCAGUCUGACGUUCUCCAUGGGUAGAGAUAUGUCUUUUCUAGUUGAGAAUGCAUGCAUACAAAUGUCACCUUUGACGACUGGGGGCCAGGGAUCAGGUUUAUUAUAGGUUUAUAGCCACAGAGAUUUUUUCAGCAGUCACUGUCUGCAGGGAGACUGGCACAAGGUACUUUUAGAACCAUAACCUUUGCUGUGCUGCAACAUUGUUAUGGUGCUUGGAGUCACAUUGUAAUAUUAGAUCUUUCCGUGCAAACUUAGAAUGGAGGACAGGAGUGGUCAUCUUUAUAGAAAAUGUAAAACGUCUCUUUCUUGGGAGGACAAUAUGUCCCCAAGGGCGCAGGGUAAAGUGGCUUGCUAUGUUUGUGAUUCAAAGAUUACAGCUAUUUGUGACAUAUGGGCUCUUACAGUAAUUAUUACUCAAAAUGACUAAUGCGAAGAGUUUCUGACCGUGAUUUCAGUACCCAGGACAACUCCCAACCUCAGUGACUUCACACAGGCUCAAACAACAAAAGAACGAAAUAAUUCUCUCCAACGAGGGCAGUGUGCAAUGAGGACAUAUGGUGCAAAGUUAUAAAUGUGGGACUAUCACCAAGGAACACAAUAAAAUGUUAAUUUCUGACUUUAGAGAAUAUUGUACCAGAAUUGGGUGCAUAUAUAACCCCUUUUGUAUUUCUCACGUAGUUGCCCAUUCCAUUCUGUGGGUGUUGUGUGUGUCUGUUGAUUGACAGUUGUCUGUGUGGUGGCUGAGUGCUUACCUUUUGUUUUGGUGGUCCAUUGGAGGGCACUAUUUGACUGGAUCCCUGGUGGUCCACUGGAGGGCACUAUUUGACUGGAUCCCUGGUGGUGGUCCAUGUGUUCUACAGCUCUAUUGGGUGCAGAUCACUUUAAGAUGUCUUUCUUGGUCCCAGUGCCCAGUCAAUGACUCUGGGCACUGGGUGCAGCACUCUGAGUAAUAGGACCGUUAGGGAACGCUUUUCCCCUUAAAGACCAAACUUCUGGAAUAAAAAGGAAUCAUGACAUGUCACACAUGUCAUGUGUCCUUAAGAGGCUAAAGGAGCACUUUAGUGCCAGGAAAACAAGCUCGUUUUCCUGGCACUAUGGGGUUAUUAAGUCCCCCCGUCCCUUAGGGCCCCCCUCCCGCUGGGCUGAAGGGGUAAAACUGGGCUCCCUCGGCACUGAUGACCUCUCCUCCACCUGCUGAUGUCAGCUCAGAAUGUGCAUGCGUGGCAAGAGCCGCGCGCGCAUUCAAACUGCCCAUAGGAAAGCAUUACUCAAUGCUUUCCUAUGGACCUCAGCGUGUCCUCAAUGCGAUUUUCGCAUUGAGGAUCGCCGAAGCGGCCUCUUGUGGCUGUCAGGGAGACAGCCACUAGAAAAAAAAACCAAAAAAAAGUAUAUCACCACAGUGUAAGUGAAUGUAGUGAGAUAUUAUGUAUAAACAAUGGGGGCUGAAUUUCUCUGAAACUGCUAUGUUUACAGCUGCAGGGUUAAAACUAGAGGGACCUGGCACCCAGACCACUUCAUUGAGCCGAAGUGGUCUGGGUGCCUAUAGUGGUCCUUUAAACUGAGCUGGACCUCAUAGUGAAGCAGACCACAACACUCUCUCAAUGUAGUUAAAGUGCUCACAACCAAGCAGGAAGACCUUGUUAUCUAUCUGCUUGCUCUGGGAGAACCCAGCUCACAGUAAGAGAGCUGUUGCUCCAGGUGCAGACAGGAACCCACUGGGCCGCAGUCUGAGCCCGUGCCCUAGGCAGCCUCCUAUGCCUCUUAAUGGGUAAUCAGCAUCUUGUCUCUAACACUUUCAUCAUCUCUCAAAGCUCUAAUAAUUGAGCUUGUAGAAGUGCUUACAAAUUAGGUCACCUUGUCUCUGAAUAAUCAAACUGUGUCUUAGUCUUCUGUAAAUAAUUAAAGAUGUCACAUGGUAAAGUUUCUUCCUGUAAGAGCAAAAAAAAUAAAUGAUUGCGUUACAUAACGUGGUGCCUGUGAUUUAAAAAAGAAUAAUAUCUCAUUUGAGUAGAAUUACUUAUGUCAUGGUCGGUAUAAAAAUACAGCAAAACACGAGAAUAGACUGGAUCCAGCAGUAAGGUGGGUAGUGGUACUGACAGACUCCAUGAACAAUUAACGCAAUGGUCUGGUACGGACUCAAAACACAUUUCAUCAAUGCAAACAGGGUUAUUCAACAAACUGUGAAUUGUUGUGAAUUCAAAAUGAAUUUCAAACUUUAGGCCAAAUUUGUCAAGUUGAAAACUAGGUAUCUUGGAGUACUUGUGCAAAUUUUGGGCAUUAUCGUUAAAAUUCACUAUUAACUACCAACAUCACGCACUAUAGAGAAUAUAGAGAGAGAAUAUAGAGAGGAAGCCAUGUUUCAUCCAUACAGAUCCUUCCUUUUUUAUUUUCUAUUUACUAAGUAGUGCACAGCAGUGUUUUAUAAUAUAUCCUGGUUGUGCAUGCUGUUUCAGGGAAAUACAAGAUUAUUCUUUUUAAAAAAAAAAAAGCAUAUUCAUUGCUGGCUGCACAAUGUGAGUUGCAUCAAAAAGUUCAUCUGUGGCCCAAGGUGGCUGCGCAAUGCCACGCUCCAUCUUAUUGGUUUCAUGGAAUUGGGUUAUUCCCAGUUUCAAGCGUCUCUGUCACUUCUGACAUGUAAGGGGGUUUGAAUACUUAUGCUGACUGGAUUAGAAUUUCUAAUUUUACUAGUAUAUGAAUAUCACUGGAUUUCAAAGGAAGAAGUGUAGAUGGAUGGGCAGACAUAUUCCUUUAUAUACCUUUACAUUUUAGCACUUGCCUUUCACCUCUGAAUCUUAAAUUAUCAUAAAUGGAAUUGGAAAGCAAAUCUUUAAUCUUGCGCUGUAAACCUUAGACACUGUGUAUUUCAGCAAUCCCUGGCCCACCAACCUAUAAGAAUUCCGAGGUACUGCGUGGUCACCAGAGGGCUAGAUCCAGUCGUAUUCAUACCUUCCAACAUUCCAAAUUCACAAAGAGGGACACUUUAUUUUUAGGGAUGUGAGUAAGAGGUGUCCUGGGGCCAGGCUGUUCUGAUAAAUCUUAGGUUACCUACUAAUAACAAUGAAUGCAACGAAAAGAUAAUUAAAGGGACACUAUAGUCACCAGUGCAACUACAUGUAUUCCUGACCCAAUAGUGUUAACAAGACCAUCUAGUCACCCUGGGCCCCUCAUGCCUCCAUAAAUAUAGCAAAAUCUUACUGUAUUCAAGCCAGAAGCUGUAAAUCUGCAUGCUGUGAGACUCACGAAAAACAAGCAGUCUGCUGACAUGUGAUAGCCUGAUCCAAUCACAGUGCUACCCCAUAGAAUUGGCUGUGACUGACAAGGAGGCAGAUCAGGGGCAGAGCCAGCAUGAUUCAAACACAGCCCUGGCCAAUCAGCAUCUCCUCAUAGAGAUGAAUUGAAUUAAUGAAUCUCCAUCAAGGUGACUAGACACAGACAUAACCCAUACCCGACCUAGGGGACACACAACAGACCCAACCCAUUAGGCUAACUCCGACCUCAUAAUUUCCCCUGGGGUUCACUUCUACGGGAGGCUCCGAGUGGAAGCCUGGAUUCAAGGAAUCGCCCCCUGAUCUGUACUGCAUCAGGCACUAGAAACUGAAUCCCAGUGUUGGCACCAUAAUAUUGACACGUGUGCAUGAGACCUUGAAUUGAGCUUUACAGUUUAUGUCCCAAAUGUCAAUCAAUAAUACUGCUCCUGUAUUCGGACUUCAUGCAUCAUAUCCGUCUUAAUUCUGUUGUUACUACGAUGUUACUGCCUUAUUUUUCCUGCCAACCUUGCUAGUUCGGAGACACAGCAUACUAUAAUUUAGAGAGGAAGCGUUGCCACGUUUUUACUAAGCUAUUCAAUCUAGAGUUUUUAUCUGUUCUGUAAAUGCGUUCUUAUGCACCGAUGUUACUAUUGUAUUCAUUUUCCUGUUAAACGAUAUGGCGCUUGACGACUAUUGAGUAUUCAGGAUCGCGCAUGAUCAACACUUGUAUUAUCAGAACUAAUGCUCGAUUUGUUCACACGCACACGUACUCUGUUGUAGCGUUUGCUUAUGUUUAUUGUACUCACCUGUAUGACAAAAUAAAGAAUUUACAAAAAAAAAAAAAAAAAAGAAUUAAUGAUUCUCUAUGAGGAAAGUGCAGUGUCUGCAUGCAGAGGGAGGAGAUACUGAAUCACAGGAUGCUGUGCACAGUGCUGCCCUGUGCUCUGCUGACAGCAGAUCUGAGUGGAUGGAGGCAUAUUAUGCCUCCAUCAACUCCGAAGUCCCUCUGGUUCACUCUACGUGACUGCAACUGGAGGUGUUCCUAGCUUUCAAUGUAAACACUGUAUACAUUACAGAAAAUACAGUGUUUACAUGAGAGAGGAUGCAGGGAGCUAUAGUUCUCACCUGAACAACCUCAUUAAGCUGAAGUUGUUCAAGUGACUAUAGUGCCCCUUUAAGAACAAGAACAAUGUAUGUUAUUUACACAGACUGAUUUCUUUUUUUUUUCAAUUCUUUAUUUUUGCUCAAUAGACACAGCGAGUUUACAUAAACUUUUGGGCUUACGCAGAAGCCAACUUGAAUAUAAAUUUUGGAAACAUAAUGCAGUUCAACAGAUACAACAUAUGCCCAUUCCUUAAAAAAACGUUGGUACCUGCCGUCUACUGAGGGUUUUAUAUUUUCAUAUAAUUCAUUAUUCUGUUAAAUUCUUUAUUUUUCUUUUUUGGAAUUCUUAAAUUUCACCAUAAACGGAACAGAUGUAUAUUCACUUUUGGGCUUAUAAGGAAGCCAGUUGAAUUACAUAGCUUUAUAAGGAAAUACAAUGCAACCUCAUCAUCGCAUGCGCUUUUCACUAUAAACCCUUGGGACCCGCAGUCUAUUGAGGUAUUUUAUGUUUUAAUCAAAGACAGGCAGGUAAGUAGUUCAAGUAGCCUUUAUGUUUGCUUAUCAUUCUAGUACUUAAGCUACAUUAUUCCUCCGUCCGUAUGAUCCUGCCUGGAAAAAGAAAACAAAAAACAAAGAGAGAGGAAGAGAGAUAGAAGAAGAGAAAAGAGAUGGGGCAAGAAGAGCCCGGAGAGGAGGGAUGAGGGGAGGGUGGUGGGGGGCAUCGCAGCCACUUCGUUGACAAUCAAGUCACAUUCAGUAAGGAUGUGUAUAUCUUAGGUUCAUUCCCAUAUGUAUGAGGCCCUCAGUCUCUAGCCAGCCCACUAUGCUAUUGUCCCACGGUUCCCACGUUUUUUGGAAUGUCGUGAUGGUCCCUCUUACCCUUGCCGUUAGAUCGUCCAUGAUUCUACACUCUUUGAUUCUGGAAAUAACCCCUGUGAAUUCUGGGCCCUCAGGCAUGAGCCACGCUGUCACAAUCGCUCGGCGUGCACACAAAGUAAUCUUGUGUACUAAUUUCUGUUCCCUUUUGGUCCACCCGUCCACAGAUCUAUUCAACAAGUAUAUCCACGGGUCCAAUUUUAGGGGCCUAUCGAACGUCUGUCUUACCAGAUCCUCCACGGAUCUCCAAAAUCCCCGUAGCUUCGGGCAUUCCCACCACAUGUGACACAGACUGAUUUCUAAACACAUCAUUUGUACUUUAAAGGGUUACCACAGCACUAUGACCACUUCAUUGAUUUAAGUGGUCAUGGUUCCUGAUGUCUGUAUGUGCAGUGUUUCGCUUUGAAGCACAUGCAGAGAUUAACCUCUUAGUUGCCAGAGGUAUAACUCCACCACUGGCAGCAUUAUUGGCCCUCCCAGAACAAAUGUAAAUUGGUUAUUGUCAAUUCAGUGCAAAAUUGGCAUCUGACUCCAUUCUAGUGUCUGUUCUGUAAUUUAUCAUUUGAAAUUCAAUUUACAACAAUUCACACUUAAAGGAACACUCCAUUGAUUUAUUUUUUUAAAACAACUUCAUAGAUAUACCCUAGAGAAGAAAAAUGUGUUUAUGUUUUUCUGCUUGUUUUCUUUGAGAGCAUAUGAAACAAAAAAAACAGCUUGCAAAAGCUGCAGACCUGCUUCUGCAGCCUUUGCAAGACUUCCCCUCUGUCUCUGACACAGACUUUUAGUCUGUGCUGUGAAUAAACCAAUCAGAGACUUCUCAUUGAAAAAGGGAGGGGAGGCAGGCAUGCACUAGCCCAUUGCACCUGUCACUGUGGGUUGGCUCUGUGGAGCUUACGAAAAACUGAAGAAAAAAAUAGACUGAUGAAAACCUUUCUGGUUGUAUGAGUGAAAGUGAGGGAGAUGUUCCUGCAAUCAAUUUAAAAAGGGCCAGUUUCUACUGAAAUCAGCAGUUGUAUAAAUUUCACAAAUAUGAUAGAAUCCAGGCCCAUAAAGCACUUCAGCAAGCUGGCGUGCUUCGUGUAUGUGAAGUGUUUUUUUUUUUUUUUUAAAUGAAUGACCCUAAUUAUUUGACGUUUAGCUAAUUCUGGAAAGACAAGCAAGAGGAAGAUCAAAUGAUUAAUGAUUCAGUCCUUCUGAAUAUUCUGUAAUAAUAAUAAUCUCCUUGUAUGGAAUAAUAUUCCUGCCCGUGAAUGACAAAACUGCUAUUUCAUUUUAGAGGAAAGUGUGAAAUGGAUUUCUCUAUAAUGUCUUAUUUGUUCUUGUGAAUUUACAUUUAGUUGAAGAUAAUCACCUACAUGCUGUGAUCUUUCAAAUCUGCAAAUAAACAUCCACACAAAGCCAAACAUUCACUUUCACAAACCCAAGGCUUAGGAUAAAUUUAGCUCUCUCUGUGUUCCGUUUCUCCCAUACAGAUAGCUACAUAUUGUUUACUCUUCCUUGUACUCGGCCUCUGUUUGGGCAUGGAUAUAUAAUGCCCUGUGGCAGAGGCACAAUGCAGACCCCAUCAGAUAUAUAUAUAUAUAUAUAUAUAUAAAAAAUGUGCUUAAAGAGUUACUCCAACCAUAACAACUGUAUUUUAAGAAAACAAUGGUUUGGGUUAGAUUAACCUUUCCUAUUCUGAGCCCUUCCAGUCAAAGUUUAGAAAAAUAAAUAAAUUACAGCUAACACAUAACUUUUUUUCCAUAGCUGAGGCCACGUUUUCCCUGCUCCACUGGCGUCACUCACUCUAGCUGCAAGAGGAGCAGGGGAGUGGCGGAAGACAUGGGCGGCAUGGAGGAAGGUGCCAUUGGACACCUUUCGCCAACAUGCAGUACGUUCUACUGUCAGAUGUCCAAUAUGCAUAGAAUCAUUAUUAGCCAACCCAAAACCUUUAUUCCAGGCUGACAUAGACGUACCAGUGACGCUGCCGAGGGGGAGUAACACCUCCGGCAAUAAAGGGAUUAAACUCUGUAUGUGCAGCAAUUCAGCAGCACUUAUAGACUUCAGGAACCAUGACCACUUCAAAUCACUGAAGUGGUCAUGAUCUUUGUAAUAAUUUAAAAAGAACAAGCUUAAUCUAUACAAGGAUCUUUAUAUAAUAAAGUUUUUGAAAGAGAACUAAGAUAUCUUAUUUACUUAUGUUAUAUUAUUUACCUAUGAGAUAUUGUAUACAUAUGAUAUAUAAUUUUUCUGAUCUGAGUGGAAUACAAAUGGAUGUAUUCACUAAACUGGCCAUUGGAGGCUAUGCACUAAAAAAAACUAUGUUGUUUUUUUUAUUGUAAAAUGUUAUAUUUAUUUGUAUUAACAUUUUUUUGCUAAUUGCAGCUCCCUUUUUUAAAAUUUUGCCACGUUUCAACUGACAAUUCUCAAAAAGUUACUACAAGUACACUUUAAAGGGACACUAUGGUCACCAGAACAACUACAGCUUAUUGAAUUUGUUCUGGUGAGUAGAAUCAUUACCUUCAGGCUUUUUGCUGUAAACACUGUCUUUUCAGAGAAGAUGCAGUGUUUACAUUACAGCCUAGUGAUAACUUCACUGGCCACUCCUCAGAUGGCUGUUAGAGAUCCUUCCUGGGUCAUGGCUGCCUAAAAUGCAUCACAACUUAUCAGUAUCUCCUCCCUCUGCAUGCAGACAAUGAACUUUCCUCAUAGAGAUGCAUUGAUUCAAUUCAUCUCUAUGAGGAGAUGCUGAUUGGCCAGGGCUGUGUUUGACUUGUGCUGGCUCUGCCGCUGAUCUGCCACCUUGACAGUCUCAGCCAAUCCUAAGCAUUUUGAUUGGCUCAGACCACCACUUCUGAUGAUGUCAGCAGGCAGUGAGCAGGUCAAAAGGAAACAAGGGCAGAGACAGCAUCUCUAGACUUGAAUACAAGUAAUAUUUUAUUAUAUUUAGGGAGGCAAGAGGAGGCCAGGGGGUUAGAUGGUGGUUUUAAUACUAUAAGCUCAGGAAUAAAUGUUUGUGUUCCUGACCCUAUAGUGUUCCUUUAAAGGUUAUGGUGCCAACAAACCUCUGGUGCCAUCCCCUAGUUAUGUGUCAUACAUUUUCAAAGCUAUUUCUCACAAAAUGAGGUUCAUUGGGCGCUCAUGGCCCGGUCCGUCAAUGACAAUAUCACUAAUAUGGAGUUUCGGCUUUCGCAUUAGUAAUAUCAAUUUUGCCCGAAUUUGGACAGCACUCAUAAGCUGAACAUGUCCAUUUUUAGUAUAUUUGUGAGUUGUGGGCACCAUUUCUGGUACAUAUUGUUGGGAGAUGGGGAGAGGACAUGUGUUUAAAAGUUGACCAACAGAGCAGACUCCCUACUAUAGAGCUGUGACACUUGCGCAAUCACUGUUUACUGGCGAGGACCAAAAUGGUAACCCAUACCAUGGGAGGCACAUGUUUUCCACUCCUCAAGCUGGAUCACCAAGACAGAAACGAGUUGCCAAUGUGCGUGGUUCAUUGCCUCUCGGAGCAUGAUAGCAAUAGUACUUUAUACUACAACUAUUUCUAACACCACUGCUGUAUACAUAGAAUACAACAUUGCAUAGCAAGGUAUCACCAGUUUAACUGUCUAACUAUGCAAUGCCCACAAGUUCUCAUCUACUGUUUACUAUUGUUUUUUUUACAACAGGCUGAUAUUUGGCACUCUAUACCCUGCGUAUUAUUCAUACAAGGCUGUGAAAUCCAAGGAUAUAAAAGAAUAUGUAAGUAACCUGUAUUAUAUGUUUAAAGUGUUUUAUUUUAUUGUUUGAUUUUGUAAUGUUUAGCUUUAAUCUAUUAGACUUUGAUUACCAAUUAAUGAGCUAUAUAAAGGAAGUUUACAUGGGGAUAUUUGCAAAGGUCCAGAAUUAAAAGGUUUGUCCAAAAUUGCAAUUCCGAGUAAUGUAAGUAGAUGGAAUGUUAAAGUGUUUAAUGUGGAUUCAUCCAAUGAUAUAUUGCACAAUGAUUUAUCUCAGAGCCCAGUGAUGACAAGGGUAUUAAGUGCACAAAAACAAACAUAUAAAUAAGACUGUAAACAAGAAGCACAGAGAGCCACACAGAGUCUACUCAUGUUUGAGGUGUGAAUGUGGUUGUAUCUCCUUCCCUACCAUCCUCUUUUAUACUCCUCUCUGAUUUUGCAUUAACAUAUAACACAUUACAGAAAACCCCACUGAUCUUUCCAUACAAUCCUGUAUAGCUCCUCACUCAGCUACGGCCUACGGACAAUUUUUUUUCGCCAGGGAACUGGUCAGUCCAUUUCUUGAUGUGCAUUCUGGGAGGAGAAGGAGAUAGGGUGGCCUUUAGUCAGGCCCUAGUAACGAUUAUAGCCAUGUAACAGUAUUACUCUGAGUACGCCCUAAUUCAAGCUCAAGGUCCCUCAGAGCUGAAUCGGUCGCCAUCUCCUUUGAUGUCAGCGAGAUCCAGGAACCUAAGUGCUGCACACAUAUUAGGCCUUCGUUAUAGGAAAGCAUCGACUUAAUGAUUUCCUAUGGGGUUUUGCAAGACGCUGAAUGUCCUCAUACAUAGCGUGAGUAAGCCCAGUGUCAUUUCACGGAGUUAAGCUCUGUGAAACUGCAGGAAGCACCUCUAGUGGCUGUGUGGUAGACUACUAGAUGCAGUCUUAACCUGGCAAUUAAAACACUGCAUCCAGACCACGUCAAUGAGCUGGAGUGGUCUGAGUGCCAGUAGUGUCCCUUUAAUCCCUUCAUUAUUUCUUAAAAAGGACAAACAAAUAAGUAAAACAAUGAAAUUCUGUAGAUUGUUAUUGAAUUUGCUGUAUUGUCCUAACUUUAAGAGCUCUUUAUCGUUUCUUAUUAAUAUCAAUGUUGAACUGUGUUAUCGAGAAGAACUUGGUAGGGAAGAGAUAAUUUUAGAAAAUAACCUUAUCUUGGUGUUUUCAUAGCUUGUAUUUAGCUAAUUACAAUGAUAUGUUACUCUGUAUCUAAUCUGCAAUACUGAUAACCUAGAUAAAGUUAUUAUCUGUUGUUUGGGAUGUACCCAUGCAUUUGGAGGUUAUUGGAAGCUGUUUAUUAAACAGGUGAAUUUGUUUUCUUUUGCCGUACAUUCCUAUAAAACUAUUAUUGUUUUAUUUUCUAUUUUCUUUUCACUAACGUUAAUUUGGCUUAUUCUGUGUGGUAUCGUACACUCAGCUAGCUGGCUGUUUUAUAUCAUAGGAUAAAAAGGAAAAACUGUACAGUUCUGUUGGUUAUCUCCGUGCUCCCCUUCUGCAUCUUGGCAAGGUUGCACUUCUUUUAAGGACAAUACAGUAGAUUACCCAGCAGUACCAGCUUUAGUUUUCAUAGGAUCCUGGGCAAGCCCCUGUUUGUGGGCCCCCUGUUGCUCAUUCCACCUCAAACCCUCAUACACGCUUUACACGUGUUAACUCCUUCCAAACAUUCCUCAAGCAAAAAAUAGGGAAGCACAUUUAAACUGUCCAAUCUUAUCACUUACAUUACACUUACCCUCCCACACAUAUUGCUUACGUUACACUUAGCCUCCCACACAUAUUGCUUACGUUACACUUACCCUCCCACAUAUAUUGCUUACUUUACACUUACCCUCCCACAUAUAUUGCUUACGUUACACUUAGCCUCCCACAUAUAUUGCUUACUUUACAUUUACCCUCCCACACAUAUUGCUUACGUUACACUUAGCCUCCCACACAUAUUGCUUACGUUACACUUACCCUCCCACACAUAUUGCUUACGUUACACUUAGCCUCCCACACAUAUUGCUUACGUUACACUUACCCUCCCACAUAUAUUGCUUACGUUACACUUAGCCUCCCACACAUAUUGCUUAAUUUACACUUAGCCUCCCACACAUAUUGCUUACGUUACACUUAGCCUCCCACACAUAUUGCUUACGUUACACUUACCCUCCCACAUAUAUUGCUUACGUUACACUUAGCCUCCCACACAUAUUGCUUACGUUACACUUAGCCUCCCACACAUAUUGCUUACGUUACACUUAGCCUCCCACACAUAUUGCUUACGUUACACUUACCCUCCCACAUAUAUUGCUUACGUUACACUUAGCCUCCCACAUAUAUUGCUUACGUUACACUUACCCUCCCACAUAUAUUGCUUACGUUACACUUACCCUCCCACAUAUAUUGCUUACUUUACACUUACCCUCCCACAUAUAUUGCUUACUUUGCACUUACCCUCGCACACAUAUUGCUUACGUUACACUUACCCUCCCACAUAUAUUGCUUACGUUACACUUAGCCUCCCACAUAUAUUGCUUACGUUACACUUACCCUCCCACACAUAUUGCUUACGUUACACUUAGCCUCCCACAUAUAUUGCUUACUUUGCACUUACCCUCGCACACAUAUUGCUUACUUUACACUUAGCCUCCCACAUAUAUUGCUUACGUUACACUUACCCUCCCACAUAUAUUGCUUACUUUGCACUUACCCUCCCACAUAUAUUGCUUACUUUACACUUACCCUCCCACAUAUAUUGCUUACUUUGCACUUACCCUCGCACACAUAUUGCUUACGUUACACUUACCCUCCCACAUAUAUUGCUUACGUUACACUUAGCCUCCCACAUAUAUUGCUUACGUUACACUUAGCCUCCCACACAUAUUGCUUACGUUACACUUAGCCUCCCACAGAUAUUGCUUACGUUACACUUACCCUCCCACAUAUAUUGCUUACGUUACACUUAGCCUCCCACAUAUAUUGCUUACGUUACACUUACCCUCCCACACAUAUUGCUUACGUUACACUUAGCCUCCCACAUAUAUUGCUUACUUUGCACUUACCCUCGCACACAUAUUGCUUACUUUACACUUAGCCUCCCACAUAUAUUGCUUACGUUACACUUAGCCUCCCACAUAUAUUGCUUACUUUGCACUUACCCUCGCACACAUAUUGCUUACUUUACACUUAGCCUCCCACAUAUAUUGCUUACGUUACACUUACCCUCCCACAUAUAUUGCUUACGUUACACUUACCCUCGCACACAUAUUGCUUACUUUACACUUGGCCUCCAAGACCUUUCUCAUACCACCUCUUUCUUUCUGAACCUUCCACUGUCUCCUAUUAAUCCUUUAAUCUUCUGAAACAAUGUUUUCUUGUCACACCCAGUUUACGUAUUGCUUCCUUUGUCAGUCCACCUUUCUUCCACAAAUUGUUAGAUUAACUUUGCCUACCUUCGCUCACAUCUUCCUCCAAUACUUGCUCUACUUUUUUUAUUUCUAGUCCUCACCUUUUUCCUUUUACAUAAUUAAUAUGGCCUUUUUGCCCUCCUCUGAAAGGUUGCGUUGCACAGAUUUGCCGGUCAGCAAUGAUUUCAGAGACUUAAAAUUCCUCUCUCCUUCUGCCUUGUUCGCCUCAUUGACUUGAGAAAGGAGUGGAGGGACUUGCAUUAACAUUUCUUGAGCAGAGACCAGCACAACUAAUUCCUGGAAGAAUAUAUUGAGAUGUUCUAGCUCUGGAGUGAAGAAGAGUUGUUAUGGGCCCCUACAAUUUUCUGGGCCUUAGGCAGCAGCUCUUUUUGCCUUACAGAAAAUACGGUUUCUGUUACUCAGACUUAGUGCUGUUUGGUUGCAUUGGUUUAAACUUUAAGGUCUAGGAACCAAAAGAUUAUCCAGUUUUACAUCCCUGAUUAAAUAAAAUGUAACAGUGUUAGCUGUAUACUGAAUGUAUAUGUGGGAAUAUUAUUAUUAUUAUAUUAUUAUUACAUUAUAUUAUUAAUGUAACUUUAUGAAAUUAAUGUUAGUUUGUAGCAGAUGGAAUAGAGCAUUAUAGAGUGAUGAUAUUGCCCACAUCUAGAAGUGCUGUGGACGUGUCAUUUGUACUUACCUGCACUGCCCUUCUUACAGUACUAAACGAUUGAACUAGGGUAAAGGAUUAAGGAAUCAUUGCUGUCAGAGGAGUGACAACAAUCCCUCUUUAAAUAAACAGAUGGAAAGUUAAUUUUGUGGUAUAAGUCUUUUCACCAGAAAAAUAUAAUUUGGGGAUACUUUGUUUUAAACGUUCUAAGCCAAAUUCCAAAAACAAACCUCCAAUUGUUAUUAAAACUCUUAACCCUCAAUUUAAAGGAUGAGAAGUCAGACCUUAAAUAAUAUAUGCAACACAUUGCUUGGCGCUCUGCUUGAAACCUGAAAGCAGCAGUUAUCAAGCAGAGAAACUUGCACAUUGGUGAUAUGACUGAGACUGGAGAUAAGGAGUGAAUAGGCUCCUACACUAAAAGCUGGGAUACUGAUAAUGAAUUCAGCUGCGAGUCUGUCAUCAGUGUGUUGCACUUGCUGUACAUAAAAGUGUGCAGUGUUGUGUGGAGAAACAUGUGACCAUCCCCCUGGGACAACCAUUAGCCCCUGACUGUGGUUAUCUCCUGGUCAGCAGACACACAGAUACCAAAACUAUUAUUUUUAAAACAGAAGGAAAAAACAAAGUUGAAAGAGCUAAAUAUGAUAAAAGUUGUUUGUUCGGGUGAAUGUGUGAUAGUAAUAGAUCCGGUAUACUUCAAUUGAUUCCCUGGAUUCCCACGUUGUCAAAGUCACAUGUCUGCAUUAAUACAUUGCCUCAGGGUUGUGUGCCAAGUGUAAUGUGGGUCAUAAUAAUAAAUAUAAGACACAAUGGCGGAUGGCUACGUUUUCAGAUCACUAUUAUUGUUGUGCAGCUCUGGUGUUAAUUCAGACACAUCAAAAUUACUGAGCUCCUACAAAAGAGUGAGAUUAGGAUAGAAAGAGGGACAGAUGGAUAGAGCUCAGAUUAGGGAGUCUUGGGGGGUAUGGGAAUCCAAGGUCGAGUCCACACUGUGUAGAUGAGAAGGUCCCAGACACUCUAGGUACAUAGCAACCAUGGGGUUUAAGUUUUAUAUUACAGCAGGAGAUAUUCAACAAAGAGGACCUGCCAUUCAGAGAUAUCAUUUUUAAUUUGUGGGGUAAUAGCUUCUUGAUCCAGGGAGAGUUCUGACUGUCAUUUUGGGGUCAAGAAGGAAUUUUUUCAUAGUUUGUUGUAAAAUUGGAAAGCACUUUAAACUUGUUUUUUGUGAGAAAACUUAUGUGAGAAAGCUAAACGUGAUGGGCACGUCAAUUUUUUUAGCUAUGAAUCAGUUCUAAUACACAUAUAAUCUAUAUACAACUGCCCACAUGAUGCAAUUUGUACGUUGUUAAAAAGUUAUGUUAUAUAUAAAACAAGGUAUACACUGUACUUCAUUUUAAUGAUGCUUUUAAAAGAUUUAGUGGUGUCACAAAUAUAUCAAUGCAAUGAUUGAUUCUGGGUCCAUAUUUGUUUAGGCCAUCAUCACUGCCCUUCUCGAUAUGCCAUGUUUACAUGUUGCAAUGUAUGAUAUUCAAAUUUGCUCUACAAGCAUCCUGUUAGACAAUAAUAACCCUGAGAAGAUUAAAUUGCAUGACGCGUUUGCCUUAAAGUGAUACUUCAAACACUAGUAACAAUACAGUUAGUUGUAGUGAUUAUGGUGUAGACAUUAGACAAUGUCUGGAUGCAGAAAUUCCAGGUUUUGUCAAAUAAUUUUCAAGUGGUUUGACAAAAACUUGAGGUUUUUGCCAGUAGCUAAAGCCUGCCACUUCUACUGCUGAAGCAAUAAUGAGGACGUUUCUCUUUGUUAUGGGAGCCUUUGUUAUUAUAGCAGGAAUGAUGGACAAACCUCUGAUUCGGCUCGUUCAAAGCCAGAUAAACCAUACAGAUAUUUUCGUUAAAUGAAGAAAGUGCAACUCCUGAUAUAACGUCAGAGCAAAGAGCUUGAAAAUAGCACGACAAAAAAUCUGAUGGAUUGCAACCAAAGACACCUUGGUUUAGACCCACUGCAAUAAGCUGUCCUGUUCAUGAUGUUUUGAAAGCCCAAGCAUGGCUUCAUUGUGGAGGAAUGAAUAAUCAAGGCAUUCUUGUUCUCUCACGUACCGGUAUAUCCUGAUUUAAAACAGAUCUCAUUUAUACGUGUUGUUGAGUACCAGAAAACAAUAACAACUUUUUUAAAUUAAGUAAAAACUGUUUUUAAGGACAACUGUUGCUUCCUAAUAUUAUGUUUGCUACUCUCUACAUUUAACAAAUUUGUAUCUGUGAAAUGUGAAAAAUAAAAUUAAAUGUAGAAACCCACGCGCCUUUAUCCUGCAACAGGACACUUCCAUCUUGUCUUCCUGUCAGCCAUUGUUAUUAGCUCUACCCAUUGCAGCAGACAUUCUACAUGGAAAUACCAUAGAGAGAGAGAAUGAUAAAUGGAACAAUCAGGGUUAUUAACUAAUUAAAGUGAAAAUUGCUGGGGAUUCAAAGUGAAUUUAAAAUUCGAGGCCAAAGAGCCAAAUUGAAAGCAGAAUUAACUUGGAUAAUUUUACAAAUUUGGCUCUUAUGGCCGCCUGCCAUUUUAAAAUUCACUUUGAUUUUUUUCUGCAAUUCUCAGUUCAGUGUGUCUGUUUCUUCUCCUCAUUUGCAAUAUAUGCCCUGGCAGUGCCUGGGCUAAACUGGAUUACAAUGUAAUUUGCAAAAAUUUUCAUAUAAUUGUGAAAGAAACUUGGGCAUUAUAUGAAAAAAGGUUAACACAAGUUAAAAGGACACUGUAGGCACCCAGACCACUUCAGCUCAUUGAAGUGGUCUGGGUGCAAUGUCCCAUGUCCCUUAACCCUGCAAUAGUAAUUAUUGCAGUUAUUGAGAAACUGAAAUAAUUACUAUCCAGGGUUAACUCCACCUCUAGUGGCUGUCUAUUAGACAGCCACUAGAGGGCUUCCUGGUUUGAAAUGGACCAUUGGUCCGUUAUCUGAAGCUGGGCGUCCUUACGCUCUGCAUGAGGACCUCAAGCGUCAGAUUUUUCCCCAUAGGGGAAAGUGACUGAAAAGGUUUUAACCCCUGCAGCACCACGGGAUGGGGAGCACGAGGGAGGGGGGAACUGUAGGAACCUAUAGUGCCAGGAAAACAGCUUUGUAAAUCCCUUUAAAGGAAAAGUUUAAAGUUUUAGUCCUACAUAAAUGUAUUUCUUUAUGUCAUACAUGGUGGAAUGCUUUUGUGGUUGUUUUUAUUGUCUAACCCCAAUCACAUUUGCAAAGACCGUGGCAUACGAUACUCCACAAUUAUUUGCUAUAAUUCAAUCCCAUAAGCAUGUGGCUCACACCCUGUACUAUUCCCGUGUUACUUAAUACAUUUUCACUUUGUUUUACCAGGUGAAAUGGAUGAUGUACUGGAUCAUAUUUGCACUAUUUAUGUCAGUAGAAACGUUUACAGACAUUUUCCUCUGUUGGUAAGUAGCUUAUUAGCAAACCGAGAACUGACAAUCUAUUUCAGCUCAGUUUAAUAUUUCCACGUGUCCUGAAUGCACCUGUUAAAGUAGUUCUAUUAUAUGUUUCUUUAUAGUGUAAUUAUUUAUCUUAUCAAAUUCUUCACGUUAUUUUUUCCCUUUGAAUUGUAUCGCCUUCGAAAGUUUUUGCUAAGGACUGCUUACUGUAAGCUAAGUGCUAUAUAACCUUCUGGAGCCAUUUCCUGUUGAAUGUUUUUUAGCAUUUGUGGUGGAAGUCCUCUUGCUUUUUAUUUUUAUUAAUUAAUUGUAAGGAAUUUAAAUUUGAAAUGACUAAAUAAAGGCAAACAUCUCCAGCUCAGGAUAUAGGCAUAUCUUGACUGUUUUAGCCUUAAUUGUGCAAUUUAGAUUUAAAUUUGCUACAAUCUAUAAUUUAGUGAAUGACCCGGUGUAUUCCUUUACGUCUACCACUUAUGUUCCUCCUUUCAAAUCCCUGCUAUUUCCCCUAUUUGUCUACAUCUGCCCAUAUCACAUCCAUUCGUGUCCAUCUGCCCAUAUCACAUCCAUCCGUGUCCCUCUUCCCAUAUCACAUCCAUUUGUGUCCCUCUUCCCAUAUCACAUCCAUUUGUGUCCCUCUUCCCAUAUCACAUCCAUUCGUGUCCCUCUUCCCAUAUCACAUCCAUUCGUGUCCCUCUUCCCAUAUCACAUCCAUUCGUGUCCCUCUUCCCAUAUCACAUCCAUUCGUGUCCCUCUUCCCAUAUCACAUCCAUUCGUGUCCCUCUUCCCAUAUCACAUCCAUUCGUGUCCCUCUUCCCAUAUCACAUCCAUUCGUGUCCCUCUUCCCAUAUCACAUCCAUUCGUGUCCUCUCCCAUAUCACAUCCAUUCGUGUCCCUCUUCCCAUAUCACAUCCAUUCGUGUCCCUCUUCCCAUAUCACAUCCAUUCGUGUCCCUCUUCCCAUAUCACAUCCAUUCGUGUCCAUCUCCCAUAUCACAUCCAUUCGUGUCCCUCUUCCCAUAUCACAUCCAUUCGUGUCCCUCUUCCCAUAUCACAUCCAUUCGUGUCCCUCUUCCCAUAUCACAUCCAUUCGUGUCCCUCUUCCCAUAUCACAUCCAUUCGUGUCCCUCUUCCCAUAUCACAUCCAUUCGUGUCCCUCUUCCCAUAUCACAUCCAUUCGUGUCCCUCUUCCCAUAUCACAUCCAUUCGUGUCCCUCUUCCCAUAUCACAUCCAUUCGUGUCCAUCUGCCCAUAUCACAUCCAUUCGUGUCCCUCUUCCCAUAUCACAUCCAUUCGUGUCCAUCUGCCCAUAUCACAUCCAUUCGUGUCCCUCUUCCCAUAUCACAUCCAUUUGUGUCCAUUUGCCCAUAUCACAUCCAUUCGUGUCUCAUCAUCACUUGCCUGCCAUUUCUGUUCCGUCUGCCGUGUCCCCUAUUUGUGAACUCUGCCCAUAUAACCACCAUUUGUGACCAUCUGUAUAUAUUUCCUCCAUUUGUGGCCAUCUGUAUAUAUUUCCUCCAUUUGUGGCCAUCUGUAUAUAUUUCCUCUAUUUGUGACUGUCUGUACAUAUUUCCUCUAUUUGUGACCAUCUGUAUAUAUUUCCUCCAUUUGUGACCGUCUGUACAUAUUUCCUCCAUUUGUGACUGUCUGUAUAUAUUUCCUCCAUUUAUGACCGUCUGUAUAUAUUUCCUCCAUUUAUGACCGUCUGUAUAUAUUUCCUCCAUUUGUGACCGUCUGUACAUAUUUCCUCCAUUUGUGACUGUCUGUAUAUAUUUCCUCCAUUUAUGACCGUCUGUAUAUAUUUCCUCCAUUUAUGACCGUCUGUAUAUAUUUCCUCCAUUUGUGACCGUCUGUACAUAUUUCCUCCAUUUGUGACUGUCUGUAUAUAUUUCCUCCAUUUGUGACCGUCUGUACAUAUUUCCUCCAUUUAUGACCGUCUGUAUAUAUUUCCUCCAUUUAUGACCGUCUGUAUAUAUUUCCUCCAUUUGUGACCGUCUGUACAUAUUUCCACCAUUUGUGACCAUCUGUCUUUGUCUCUAAUUUGUAACUAUCUGCCUGUGUUAUGCCUCCGUCCAUAUAAUAUUCAUUUGUGGCUUUCUGCCCAUAUCCUCCAUUAGUGACCAUCUGCUCAUAUCGACCAUUUGUAUCCCUUUGCACAUGUACCUAUUUUUGCAUUCAAUAGGAUUUUAUUAAGCAGUAAAUGUGCCAAUACAGAAAAAAAGAACAUCAUUCAUAACAAAAUCUGUUUUCAAAGGGUUAGCCUGAAUCUGUACAAGGUCUCAAAUUACCCCUAACCAACCACAUACAAAUAUAAUGUACAUUGGACUGACAGAUGGAAAGCAAAAUGACACCCUGUUAAGAAAUACAACAUUAACAUCAUAAACUACAGUCUAAUUUGUGUCAAAAAGACAAGUGUUUACCAAAAAGUAAAUGUAGUCAGGAUGAAAUGUUGACAUUGACUGUGACAUGUUCUCUUAAAGCUUUUAGGAAGUCCCCAUUUUUGGCCCUCUUUCCAUGUCUCCAAUUUUUGCUCAUCUGCCCGUGUCUCCUAUUUUUGACCAUGUGCCGGCGUCUCAUAUUUUUGGCUCUCUGCCUAUGUAUGUUAUUACCUCUACCUAGCCUUUAGGAGGCUUUAGAAAAGUGUUUGCAGUUCGGGUUCGCUCAACUCUAUUAUGGAUCCUUUGAUCGCUACAUGUAUUACUUGGAUAACUGGUAAUUCUCGAGCUAAUACAUGCCGACGAGCAGUAGGGGACGGCCGCUCUGCUUUUGCACCCUGCUCCGUCUUAUGCUGUGCUGGUGCCUCUGUGCGACCAGCGCCUCUUCCUCCAAACUGCACACGUCACUCGCAUGACCUUCAUUCCAUGUGGGGUCUAGGACCUCAUCAUCCUCCACACCAUCUUCCACCCACUCCUCAACCCUGCCCUCCUUGCCGGUAUGCACACUGCAGAAAGCCACAGCAGUUGGCACCUGUGUUUUUUCAGCAUGUAAAGUCUGCAAAGGACAUAUGGAAAUUGUUUUAGAAUUGUUUCCAGGCAACAGUUUUCCCUAUCAACUGACCUCUCAGUUUGACUUGUGAGGGUAUUGCCCCAGAAUUACAAUAUUGUUGAAGUACCUCUUAGCUAUUGAUCACUGGUUUAAAUAUAGCAGCUUGUUAUCUAGUAGUUCCUAGUGUGGAAAAUAUCAAUCUGUUUUCUAUCACUUAGAUCUGUGUAACAAGUGUUGUAGGUGUGAAACAAUAUUACAAGUGACCGAUGUAGUAAAUUCGAAUCAAAGUUACGCUUCGAUUUGACUCUCAGAUAUGAAGUGAACACCCCAAAUAUACUAUUUAGCACCAAAAAAGAAAUUGACUUUUUAAAACUCCAAUGUAAGCAGCAGAUUAGCAGCAAAACAAUUAGAAUGUUUACAACUGCGCAGUAAGCGCACUAUUUGACGCUUUUAUUUGACUCUCAGAUAUGAAGAGCAGGCCACAAAAUGUACUAUUUAGCAGAUUAACACGCAGAAAAUAAGAAUGUUUACCACUGCACUGUAAGCACACUAUUAGAUGCUUCGAUUUGACUCUCAGAUAUGAAGUGCACCGCAGGCCCCAAAAUGUACUAUUUAGCAGAUUAGCAGCAAAACAAUUAGAAUGUUUACAACUGCGCAGUAAGCACACUAUUAAACGCUUCUACUUGAAUCUCAGAUAUGAAGAGCAGGCCACAAAAUGUACUAUUUAGCAGAUUAGCAGCAACACAGUGCAGUUUACAAGUGCACUGUAAGCGCACUAGUAGACGCUUCUAUUUGACUCUCAGAUAUGAAGUGCACCCCACUAAAAUACUAUUUAGCAGUUUAGGACCCCCAAAAAUUUAAGUUUUAAAACUGCAAUGUGACAGCAGUAUUUGACGAUUCUAUUUGACUCUCAGAUAUGAUGUGCACCCCACUAAUGUACUACCCCACUAAUGUACUAUUUAGCACCCAAAAAAAUUUACUUUUUAAAACUCUGAUGUAACCGUGGUAUUUGACGCUUCUAUUUGACUCUCAGAUAUGAAGUGCACCCCACCCAUCUAAUGUACUAGUUUGCAGAAUUCUUUCCUAAGCUGUCCCUAUCAGCGGCAGCAUCCUCUCCCUACACUAAUAAGACUGCAUGUGCGUGCGGCGCUAUGCGACUCCAGCUUAUAUAUAAAGGCUGGGUCACAUGCUACACAGGCCAAUCACAGCCAUGCCAUUAAUAGGCAUGGCUGUGAUGGCUUCUAAGGGCACACGAGUCAAAUGCUGGUUGAUUGGCUGCCUUUCAAAACGCGCCAUUAAAUCGCCGAACACCGAACUCCAACCCAAACAUACAGUGAUAUGUCCGUGUUCGGGGUCCAAAAAACAUAAUAUUCGGUACGAACCCGAACUUUACAGUUCGGGUUCGCUCAACUCUAUAUAUAUGGUUUAAAAUGACGACAUCUGUUGUCUGUUUGACCAAACCAUAUGUAUGAAUAGUGUUUACUUGGUUGAAUACACUAUAUUAAAUGAAAAAAACGUCAGUUCCUCUAUAAUGUGAUUUCUUUUGAUUUUAUUCAGACAAUUUAUUUCCUUCUCUCUUUUAGGUUUCCAUUUUAUUAUGAAUUGAAAAUAGCGUUUGUGGCCUGGUUGCUGUCUCCUUAUACGAAAGGAUCUAGCCUUCUGUACCGGAAAUUUGUGCACCCAACACUAUCAUCAAAAGAAAAGGUAAGUUUUGCACUAUUUUGCUCUGAGAUUUCUAUUGCUUGCCUUAUGAACAGUUAAAUAAAGGAUCUAGCUAAAACGGUAAGCAUCAAACGACAUACAAGCCUAGCUACUAAAGUGAGAAUUCAAAUUGAAUUCUAAAUUCAAAAUGACACUAUAGUAACCUGAAUAACUACAGCUAAAUGUAGUUGUUCUGGUGUGUAUAUAGUCAGUCCCUGCAGGCUUUUUGCUUUAAAAAAAAAAAGGCAGCUCAAACGACCAUUAGAGGUGCUUCAUUCCUACGUUAAGCGUCUCCACGCUGUGCAUGGAGGCACUGAACCUGCAUUGAGUCUGAUUGGUGCAGAGCAGCGUUUUGUCGCACAUGCUCAAUAGCCUGCCAGUGCUUUCCUAUGAGAAAGCAUUGGAUUAGUUGAGAUCGUCAAGUCUUACAUAGGCGGACUGAAGUCGGGGCCAGCGCCGACGGACCCAUGCAGCACUGUAAUAAAGGUGAGUUUUCUACUUAUUUAAGGGGGUAAGUGUUUUUAUUCCGAGUAGUGAAUAGCUGGCUAUGAAAGGGUUGGCUGGGAGUCAUGAGAAUUGGAUUCUAACACCCUCUAGAGUGCUUUCUGUUGGUUAGUCGUGGUAUCAGAGGAGUUGGAGCUAGAAUUGUGUUUCCAUUACUUUUUCUAUUUGUUUUUCGAUUUCUCUGUAUGUCUUUGUUUUAGGAAAUCGAUGAGUGUCUAAUCCAGGCUAAAGAUCGGAGUUACGAUGCUUUGGUUCACUUCGGAAAGAGAGGACUGAAUGUCGCAGCCAGUGCUGCAGUAACAGCUGCUGCCAAGGUAAAACCUCUCAGAAAUGUUAGCGGAAUUUGUCAGCAGUCAAAACCUAGCCUUGAGUAACUCACUGUCCUAGUAUCUGGCAACUCAGUGCUUAUUGCAGGGAUAGGCAGCCUUGCCUACUCAGUGUGCCUGGCCUCCCAGAAUGCACAGCUACUCUUAAAGUGAACCUGUCACCCAGAAUUCAAUGGUUGUCCAGGUUGACUUAAAUACGGAAUUAUGUUUCUUCUAUACAUUGUGCAAGUCAAAUCAAAAGCAAAUCACUAAAUAACAUUGCAUUUUUAUGUGAAGAUUUCAUUUUAUGAAGUUUACUAGCGAGGAACCUCAUAUCUAUUUUUCAUGAUUUAAAAGGGCAUGACUUAAAAAGCAUAAUGACUAAAAGUCAUUGCAUCCCGUCUACCCUCUGAAGUGCACAUAGGUUCAGUGGGGACCUUAGGCAUUUUUUCACAUUGUGUCUAUGAUACCUAUAGGUGAAGCCACCAAAAGGCCUUUAAAAUCUAAAUGCAUAUUAACCACUUUAAAAGACAACUGUCACCUCAACACUAUUUUAUAUAAAAACCCUUUCAUAAGUUUUGAAAAAUGUAUUGGGGGGUGUGUGUGUGUGUUUGUGUGUGUGUGUGUUUUUGUUUGUUUUUUGCUGGGAGUGAUACAGGGAAACUAUAUAGAGGAUUCAAACGCUGUCUGACCCAAGGUGCUGUCAGGGUUGCUGGUGUCUUUCCUGGGCCCUACCACACGCUGCACGCUCUCGCACUGAGUGCUCUAAUGAGCGCCGAAUUUGGGUCCAAAUUACUCAUUUGCUGAACCAAAUUCAGAUCCAAAUGACGCAUUCAUCGGACAGAAUUUGGCACAAUCCAAAGACACCCUGAAUCAGCCUCCUAUGGUUUUGUACCACCCACGAGUCAUCUGGAACUUUAAGAUGACAUGGGCUAAUAGAAAACGAGCCAACCUAUUUAUAUUAUUAUUUAUAAAGUGCCAACAAAUUCUGUAGCGCUGUACAAUAGGUGUUUUAAUAGACAUGUAUUUGUAACAAGACAAGCUUGACGGAGACAAAGGGUGUAGAGGGCCCUGUUGAAACAAGCUUACAUUCUAGAGGGAGUGCUGUAAAGUGGCACAAGAGGUAAGGGAAGGAUGUAUCUCAUGCAUGGGAAAAGUAGGUUGCUAGAACAGGGAAGGGUUAGUUUUUUUAUAUGACACAGUUGCAGGAGAGAAAGCAGGGUGGGUAACUAAGAUGUUGGGAGGGAAGGCUAUUAACAGUUUAAUUGAAAUUAGUUUUUAAUGAUCUUUUGAAGGAACUGAGGCUGGGUAAGUGUCUAACGGAGCAGGGAAGGGAUUUGCACAGGAAUGGCGCAGCUUUACAGAAGUCACUUACCUAUCCUUGUUGCCAUGUUGCGGUUCUACUUAGCCCAAUAGCGCUUUUUUGUGUAUUCUGAUUCUGGUAUCCAAUUAUUGGCUUGUUGAACAUUUCUUCUGACCUCUGUAUGCCUUUGACCUUGGCUAAUAUACCAUUUAUCCAGUUUUCUCAUGCCUUUGACCUUGGCUAAUAUACCAUUUAUCCAGUUUUCUCAUAUCUUUGACCUCGGCUAUUUACUCUGACUCUGUCCAUCAUUAGUCCGGCCACUGUAAGGACAAGUAAACAGCGAGUUUCUCUUUUGUUGUGUCGUGGGUAUCUGUGUUUUGGUUCCUACACUAACCUGACAGGUGCAUGCAUAUGGCCAAAAGAUCUUAUCAUAUACUAAAGGUAGGAAGGAGUCUCUAAUUUUUUUUACAUAUGCUUUAACAAAGAAUCUAUUUCCUUUUGAAAUGUGAUAAAAAGAUCAUUAUAUAAAAAAAAUGUUUUCGGGUGACAGUUGUCCUUUAAAUUUAGAGGUUUUAUUUAAAUAGAUUUUGGGUUUCCCCACCAUUAGUUUUUGCCAAGCAUUCUUCAAUUUUCAGUUUUUCAGGCCUCUAAAUCCUAGCAAAUAAUCCUGUAUGUAAAUCAACCCACCGUCAAUGUUUCAUAAUGCAUGCCAAUGGAAACCAAGACGAACAUAUUUGUAAAGAUUAGCAGAAAGCAGAGAUGGUAUAUUAGAUGCCCUUUUUUCUUCUAGAAAUGUAUUAUGUUUCUCUAUGGCAUGUCUCCAACAAUGCAUUGUCUGCUUUUUAUUUACUGGCGUCCAUAUCAACAAUCUAAGGUGAGAUUCCAUAAAGAUAACCGCUCCUAACGUAGUACAUUUCUAAUUUAUCAGAAAGGUAGAUCAUAUCAUUAUUGUGUCUUUAGAAGAAGUUAUGUUAGUAAUCAUCUCCUAUCGUUUGUGCCAGCGGUUCGUCCCGGCUCCUCCUGUCUCCUACCCAACUUCGGCUUGAUUGGCUUUGCUUGGAGACAUUUAACCAUUUAGGGCAAUCCUAUCUCACUUUCACCACUCCAACAUGCUGGCUUUAUUUCCAACACAUGAUUAUCAGAACAAAAUGAAAUCUGUAUACUUCUCUAGCUAGCACAAGUUGCAUUUGUUAGAGGAAUGAUCAAAGCAACUACACAGAAUGCAGUUGCGGUUGCUGUGACUGAGCAUGAGGAAUAUCUGUAGGAGGGGUCUCCUGCUCUCUCAUGCUAGUAUUUUGAUGCUAAAUGUCAUCUUUCAAUGAUUAGAACAUUUCUGUUGCUUGCUCUGUGUUUGGCAUAAUCUGCUAAUUGCUUCGAUAUAAUAGUGUCUUUUGGCACAAUGGCUUCUUCCCUCCCCAGGUGUCUCAGCGACUUUACAUGUUCUAUUUUACGGACCAUAGAAAAGGGCAGGUAAUUGGCUGGGUGACAUACUAACAAAUACUGAUCACACCAGUUACCAAUGUCACUGCAAUGCACUGUGUACCAAAUCUGGGUGAAAUGUUUGCGUGAGUUCUGGGGAUAAGUACAUUUAGAUGGAACAGUUGGAACUUUGUGAGUAAUUCAUAAAAUGGCAACUUUAAUGAAAAAAGUAUACGAGUGUCUCACUCUGUAUCACUGUGUGUCUCUCUCAAUCCUUCCAGUGUCUCACUGACUAUUAUCAAGUGUCUCUCCCAAUCCUUCCAGUGUCUCACUCUAUAUUACUGAGUGUCUCCCUCGAUCCUUCCAGUGUCUCACUGUAUAUCACUGAGUGUCUCUCUCAAUCCUUCCAGUGUCUCACUCUAUAUUACUGAGUGUCUCCCUCGAUCCUUCCAGUGUCUCACUGUAUAUCACUGAGUGUCUCUCUCAAUCCUUCCAGUGUCUCACUCUAUAUCACUGUGUGUCUCUCUCAAUCCUUCCAGUGUCUCACUCUAUAUCACUGUGUGUCUCUCUCGAUCCUUCCAGUGUCUCACUCUAUAUCACUGUGUGUCUCUCUCAAUCCUUCCAGUGUCUCACUGAAUAUUAUCAAGUGUCUCUCCCAAUCCUUCCAGUGUCUCACUCUAUAUCACUGAGUGUCUCUCUCGAUCCUUUCAGUGUCUCACUCUAUAUCAGAGUGUCUCUCUCGAUCACUCUUUAUCACUGUGUGUCUCUCUCAAUCCUUCCAGUGUCUCACUAAAUAUUAUCAAGUGUCUCUCCCAAUCCUUCCAGUGUCUCACUCUAUAUCAUUGUGUGUCUCUCCCAAUCCAUCCAGUGUCUUACCAAGUCUGACAGUGUCUCUCUCAAUUCCACCCACAUUUCACCAUCUACCCCAGUCUAAUUCUCUCAAAGCCUUAUGUGUCUCUCUCCAUCACACCAUCACCUGUGUCUCUACAUUUAUUCAUGCUUCUGUCUGCUAGGUAUCUUUCCAUCUUUUUAUGUUUAUGCCUCUUCCUGAAACAGACAUCCACCACCGCUGCAGUGCUCUCUGUGUGGUGGAGGUGGUAAAGAUAUGAUAUUAUAUCUCCACUUGUCCCCACAUUAUCAUGGCACUGCUUACUGGUAUGGUGGCAAUGAUUACUAGUAGUGGAGGUCGGAGCAGUAGAAGCAUUGGCCACUGUUCUCAUCCUAAAAUAUUAAAUGUCUAUGUCCUGUACAUUUUGUCUGCAUAUGCUGUGUACAUGACUAGUACCAUUAAAGGGACACUACAGACACCCAGAUUACUCACUGAGGUGGUCUAGGUGCAGUGUCCCUGUUCUCUUAACCCAGCACUAUAAAACAUUUUAGUUUUAGAGAAAGUCCAGUGAUAAAACUGCCUGUAGUGGCGCCUCCUGCAAGUUCAUGGAGUUUGACUCUGUGAAAUGACGCUAGACGUCCUCACGCUUUGCAUGACGACGUUCAGCAUGUUGAAAAUUUCUAUAGGAAAGCAUUGAUAGGAAAACAUUGUUUCAAUGCUUUCCUGUGGGGAAGGCCUAAUGCAUGCGGCUCUCGCUGCACAUUUUCAUUAGGUUCCCUUGUCGUCUGACGUCAGAGGAUGUGGAGACUGAUUCAGCACUGAGGGACAUUGGCACUGACAUUAGGUAAGUGUUUAAAGGGUCUUGAACCCUUUACAUGGCCAGGAGGUGGGUAUGGGUAAGGGGGAGCAAAGGAUCACUGUAGUGUUAGGAGUACAGCUUUGUAUUCCUAACACUAUGGUGUUCCUUUAAAUAAACUCUAUCGCCCUACUAAUUAUUUACAACCUCACCUAAAAUGAACAGAUGUAUAAAAUUCAGCAAAUAACCAUGAAAUCUCUAUAGACUCACAUUGGAAGUACAAUGGGUCAUACUCCAGGGCUCAGUGACUUUAAACCUGGCACUGUGAUAGGAUGGAACCUUUUGAACAAGUCAUGAAAGUUCUGCCUUACUAGACCUGUACUGGUCAGCUGUAAGUGCUAUUAUUGUGAAGUGGAAGUAUCUAGAAGCACCAACAGCCCAGCAUGAAGUGGUAGACCAUACAUCCUCACAGAGCGGAUACCCUGACUACUGUGUGUAGCUCAUAAAAAACACCUCAUCUAUUGUAUCACACACUGCAGAGUGCCAAACUACCUCUGGAAGCAACACCAGCACAAGAACGGUGUCAGGAGCUUCUGGAAGUGGGUUUCCAUGGCUGAUCUGCUGUACACAGGCCUCACAUUAACAUGGCUGAAGUGGUGUAAAGCAGGCCGACACUGAACAAUGAAGCAAUAGAAACAUAUUCUUUAGAGUGAAGGAUCAGGCUCCUCUAUCUGGCAGUUUGAUAGGAGAAUCCGGAUAUGUCUUGGAUGUAUAGUGCCUCCUUAAAGUUUAGAGGAGGACACGUAAUGGUCUGGGGCUAUUUGGGCUAGGACCUCUCAGCUCCAGUAAACGGUUAUCUUAAUGCUACAAGAUACAAAGACAUUUUAGACAUUUAAAUGCUUCCAACAUUGUAGCAACAGUUUGUGGAAGGCCCUCAAAUGUUCCAGUAAGAUUGUGCCCCUGGGCACAAAGCAAGGUCCAUGAAGAUAUGGGUUGACAAGUUUGGGGCAGAGGAACUCAAGUGCCCUGUUCAAAGCCCUGCAAUCAAGUCAAUUGAGGUUAAACUCCAUUGAACCAUUGUAAACAUUGUAGCAACAGUUUGUGGAAGGCCCUCAAAUGUUCCAGUAAGAUUGUGCCCCUGUGCACAAAGCAAGGUCCAUGAAGAUAUGGGUUGACAAGUUUGGGGCAGAGGAACUCAAGUGCCCUGUUCAAAGCCCUGCAAUCAAGUCAAUUGAGGUUAAACUCCAUUGAACCACAACUUCUGUGCCUGACCUCACAAAUUCCCACAGACACAAUCCAAAAGGUGUGCAAAGGAUUGUCAAAAAGAAUGGCAGCUCUUAUAAACACGUGCAAGAGGGGUGUUGCAACUCCACAUAUGAGUUGAUGAAAUCACAUAUGGAAUCUCAUAUUAGUAUGAUGGUCAGAUGUCCACAUACUUAUGACCGUACAGUUUAUGUAUUAAAAAAGAGGAAAACAAAAACAAAAUGAGAACGACUGCCCCAUCCAGAGAACAGGGAAUUAUCCUAGCCUCUCUCUCUCCAUUACUGCGUUAAAGGCCACAUCUCUCUAUACAUAAAUAUACUGCUACAUUAUGUGCUCCAAAAAUGUUUGCAUCUCAUCUCAAAUAUGAUAUGAAUUUUUAAUUCAAUGCACACAGCUUCAAAAGCGUGCUGUCUUUUGUGAUUGCAGAAACUCAAUGUAGGCAAUGGCAUUUCUUGAAUAUAUAAUUACAUAAUACCAUUGUUUGCUCCUCCAACUCCCGAUUUAACCCUUUCUCUGUCAGUAUGACCAUGAGAUAAUAAUAAGCCUUUUAUUGUGGAUUCGAUCCACUCACUGUAUCGUGUGCUGGAUGACAUUAUGUGUUACACAGUUUGGUUUCUUCCCAGAUUACCAAGUUGCGUACCGCAUUUACUGAAGCCAUUUAUUAAUAUAAUGCCCUAUUAUUCCUUGGACCAUGUGCUGACCCUUUGAAAAGAAGAUGAUUAGAUGCCUGUUGUAUUAUAAUGUAUUGCUAUUGUGGUUCACGAAAACCCUGAAAUGACCUUCCACCAGCCACAAACUACAGUAACCAGAACAUUAUAAUUGUGCCCUGUGUGAUAUAUCUAUCUCCCGACUGCAAAUGACAGACACUUUGUGACAGGCUUACAACAGAUUGCAAUACAGGGAGAUUGCCCAGCCGGCUUGGCUUGUGUAGGGUUAUUUAACUUUAGGCUUUCUCCCUCUGCAUCCCCUCUUAUCUGCAUGACAGCACCUGUUCUGCUUAUAUAACCCUUGCUGUGUAAAACUGGAUUAUGUGUGAUUUGCCGUGGCUUGCAUGAGUUUCCUAGGGCUUGUUUUCCCCCUGGAGACAAGGAAAGGGGAUACUGUUUCAGGCUAACGUGAUACAUUUAGAGUGUUAGCUUUCAAUACCUUUCAGAUCUCUUAUUCGGGCAGGUCUUCCAUGGCUGAAGGACAGAUUUAGAGUGCUCAUCAUCUAAAUUUACUUAAUAAAGGUAUCACAUUUACUCUAUGUGUCUUCUGUAUUUCCUUAGCUAACAAGUAACAACUAGUCUAGGUUUUUUUUCUUUUAAAUUUAGUCGAAAAGAAAGAAAAACAUGCAAGAGGUUUGGAUCACUUUUCAGUGUGAGCGACUAUAGUAGCUAACAAAUCAAAUUCAAUUGACUGUAUCUCUGUCCUAAAUGUUAAAGGGGCACUAAAGUGUCAGGAACACAAACAUGUAUUCCUGACACUAUAUUUCUAAAACCAUGGAUUAGGUGGUCGGCCUGCCAUAUCUCGAGUUAGAAAGGUGAUUUACCCACCUUUUUCCAGCGCCGCGUUUUGCUCCUUGUAUCCAGCCCCGUCCUUGAUCCGCUUCCUUGGCUGACAUCAUCAGAUUUGAUGAUUUCAGCCAAUCCAAAGCUUUCCCAUAUUGGAAAGCUAUAGCGCAUGCGCAGCAAAAAGCCUUGCUGCACCAAUCAGUAUCUCCUCAUAGAGAUUAAUUGACGUAAUGCAUAUCUAUGGCGAGAGUUCAGCGUCUCCAUGCUGAGCGCCAAGACGCUGAACGGCAGUGCUGCACAAUAUGAGUGUUUACAUUAAAAAGCCAGCAGAGACAGGCUAUACUCACCAGAACAACUACAUUAAGCUGUAGUUGUUCUGGUGACCAUAGUGUCCCUUUAACUAGAUGUCCUUCAGAUCACUAUGCUGUUUUGUAGCCCUAAAGGAAUAUAAGCCUUUAUGUUUCGGAUCAGUUCUAAAAUAUUUAAAAAGAUAGCAUUUAAGCAGCCAUUCAAGACAACAUCAGUUGUUUCCUUGAAGAUAUAGUAUUAUUGUGUUGUUUUUUUUUAAAGUAGAACAGAUAUUUGGUGUUAAAAACAUUUUGGAAAAUCUGAAAUAAUUUUGUCGCUAAGAUCCAUAAAGCUGUGUCCCUUUAUAGAUCUUAGGUCAAUGUAUCCUCCACCCAUUACUGUCUUUAUUUUAUCGUUGUCUCAGAAAUCCGGAACCACCAGGGUUAUAUGGGGAUUAUUACAUGCUGCUGUUUGAAAUCAGAGUUACUCAAUGUACAAAACUCCCCAGAUUAAUGAUGUCCUUGAUGGACCAAAGUAAAGCCAACAUUGCAUGUUGACUGUGCUGUGCUCCUAUUGAGAAGCUGCUUUUGUAGUGGUAAUGUUGCUAGUAGACUAUGGGCACCAUCCCCUGGUUGUCUAAACCGUACAUUACUGCAUUAGCAAUAUUAUUAUUGUCAGUAUGAGGAUGGUAGGGAUAGGCUGAGAUGGUCAGCAUAUUAAUUACAUUAAACAUUUAAUUUCAACAGAAUGAACUGACGUGGUCUAUUAGAUUGGCAGUUUAUAUUUUUGAUUCACUAAUUUAGUUUCUAUAACUGACAUAUUUCAUAUUUGGCUGGCAUUCAUAUUUCCUUAAUCAGUUUAGACCAUACCUUAAAAAGUAAAUGCCAGUGCAAUCAAAAGCAAUAUACAGAAUUAGAAAUGAAGUAUAUAAAAUAAUUCCAAAGAGACAUCUUAAAAUUAACAAGUCUCCUGAAUAAAACAUUAAAGUCAAUUAAUCCCCCUGUUGAUUCCACAACAGUGUAAAUACAGAGGCAGUGUGUUCUUUUGAAGCAAUUAAAUAGCAACAGUACCCAUUCAGCUUUUCCCACUGCAGGUGUAAUUGCUUGCAGAUGUCACAAUACCGCAAAGAGAGAACCGAGGAGAGUGUGAUAUUGCAAUUUAUUAAAUACACACGGAAGGAAAGGAAAACUCUGAUACUCUAAAAUUGUGAGCUCAAUAAUAAAUCUCCCAUAAAGUUCUUAAGUCAAUGCACAGCUAGAGUUGUUUACAACUAAGAUAGCGGUUCUCAAACCAACGCGUUUCGCCCACCUCGUGGGCUUUCUUUUCAAAUAUAUUUUAUUAAAGAGAUAUUUUUGCAAUAACAAUAACUUGUACAAUGAAAAAGAAAAUUAUUGGCUUUCUCAAGGUCUUUCUAUCAUUACAUAUUUGAGUGGGACUUAUUUCUUACGCAGUUUAAAUCAUGCUCUAGAGACGUAGAAUAUGUGUAAUGCUCUAGAGAUGUAGAAUAUGUGUAAUUAGAUCAAUAAUUCCUUGUUUAUCAUUGUCUUAGGGACAAGGAGCGCUGUCUGAAAGACUUCGGAGCUUUAGCAUGCAAGAUCUCUCGACCAUCCGUGGGGACACACCUUCACCGGUCACAGUGCGGGCAGCAAGCAGCAAGAAUGUCAAGUCAAAACUUAGUAGAAGUGCAACACAGACCUCCGAGGCCUCAGGUUAGUGAAGAAGUAAAAAAAAUGCUCUGCCCCUUGUCCUCACAUUAUACCAUCCAUCGUUCACCAAAGUAAUGCAAGACAUCUUAGUUAUGUGUUAUUCUUGUCGAUGUCCUGUAAGAUCUAUAAAUAGGAAAACUUGCCUUCCAUCAUUGAUAGCUUAUGUAGGGCAUGACUAAAUGUAUGCUUGCACCUUGAAUAUUCAUUUCAUUCUAAUAGGAAAUGUAAUUGUUUCUCGACCAGCAGAACUCUGGAGGGGCACAGUCCUCAGUAUUUAGUAUGAGCUGUUGUCUGUUUUAGAGACUGUGGCUGAUCUUUGGAUCAUUAGAAAUUGUGGUUUAUAUACAUUGUUUCACCUUGAAUGUCGGGUCAUGUUUUGGCUUAAAGCGGCACUGUCAUGGCCGAAUUCCUUUUUUUUUAACCCCCCCUCCCCACUCCACUACAUCUAACUGACCCCCUAGUCACCCCCAAAUGCCCCUAAGCCCCCCAUAUUACCUAUUUUUAUUCUUUAUUUUCUGUCCCGAUCUAUAUUCAGGGCGCCGCCAUCUUUGUUUGGGUAGAGGAAGUCACCCACACUAGAUAGCGCUGUGAGAUUCCCGCAUAUGCCCAGUUAAACACUUGGACAUGCGAACGGGAAUUUAAUCAUUCACAGCGUGGGAAAAUUCAAAAGAACUUUCCCACGCCGUGUAAAAAUUCCAAAGAAAGAAAGUUCUUUGGAAUUUUUACACGGCGUGGGAAAGUUCUUUUGAAUUUUCCCACGCUGUGUAAUUUGACUCAUAACACUCUGAUUGGUGGGCUUGGAAUCUAACCAGAGUGCUCUUUGUCAUUUUACACAGCGUGGGAAAAUUCCAAAGAACUUUCCCACGCUGUGUAAAAUGACACAAAGCACUCUGAUUGACUUAAACCAACCAAUCAGAGUGUUCUUAGCCUAAUUGCAGGGCGGGGCUAGGAUUUAUAAGCCUCCCCCCGCCCUGCAGAGCUCAGUCUGCGCGGAGCCCUCCAUGGUUGAAGAUGGAUUAUUUUUUUUGUGCUCGGGUUUUUUCUUUUUCGUGUUUUUUUUUUUUUUUGAGCUCUGGUUUUUUUAUUUUAUUUUAUGUUCGAUGGGUAUGAUGGUUUUUUAUUUAGCCUUUUUUGGGGCUGAAAAAUGAAGAUUUUAGAAAAAAGAAGACGUCAAAUGGUAAGUUUAGUUUUUAUUUUCAGGUUAGUUAUUUUAUUCCCCCCCUCACAAUUUUUUAGGGUGAGGGGGCAGGUAGGGGGUAACUUUUUUUGGGGUGGUUGACUAGGGGCUUGGGGACCCCUAGUCACCUUUGAUGGGGGGGAUUUGUCUUAGGGCCUCCACGCGCUGCUCAAGGGUGGUGGCCGGGAGGGAGGACAGUAGGUCCCUCCCCAUUGUAAUUUAUGGCCUCCACGCACCACUCAAGGGUGGUGGCCGGGGAGGGGAGAACAGUAGGUGUCCCCCCCUCGAUUGUCCAUUAUGGCCCCCACCCACCGCUCAGGGGUGGGGCCAAUAGGUUUUUGUUUUUUAGUGAGCAGCCACUGGCUGCUCACUGUUUACUAGACAUGCCCCCUACUCGCGCUAUAGCGAGUAGGGGCAUAAUUUACUAAUACUAAGUAAUCUUUACUUAGUAUUAGUACAUUUGGCUGAAAGACCAAUUUAGGUCUUCAAGCCUUUUGGAAGAUAACUCCCUAAUACCGUGGGAAUUAGGGAGUUAUCUACUAAGCGGCUGCAAGAUGCAGCCACGGCACUAACUGAAUUGGAGUUUCAUUUAUUCUAAUAAAAUUCCAAUACGAACAAAGUGCCGAAUUGAGUUCUAAAAGAAACGAACAUACUGUUCUCAUUCAGUUAGAGCUCAAUUCGGCAGUUUCGUCUAAAAUGACAGGAAGCAUUGCGAGAUCACAGAGGAAAGGUAAGAAUUAUGGGAAAAUUGCUCUGACCAGCGGAAAUGAAGCACACUUUGCUCCUCCGCUGGUCAAAGCUAGUCAAGCGGAGGAAACCUCCAUAAGGCAAAGAGUCCCUACUUUUUCUUAUGAUUUUAAAGAAAAGUAAAGAAGACAGGAAGAAAAGAACAGAUCCUGAGAGAGGGGGAGAAGAGGAAGAGAUUGAGGAAAGGUAAGUUCGGCAUUACAGUGCCGCUUUUAAGUGCAUAUUUAUGGUUUUAUGGAGCUAGUCGGAACUAAAAACCAUCUAAAAACCACCCUUCCAAAUUUGAUUUGAUUACUGUGAAAAUGAUGUAGGCUGCUAGUAUUUUAGUAUUUUCUUCUUUGACAGAAGCAAAAAUCAAGAUACUGCUGUGAUAUGAGUGUUGUAAAAUGGGCAUUUAUCUUUUCAGAUCCAUACUGCAGGACAUGGGUGAGUCAGGCCUAGGGUGGGAGGCAGUGAUUAUGCAGUGUUCUGCAGCAUUGCUCAGAAAAGGGUGUGCUCUGCCUGAGUACAUAUUAAAAACGUUCUAAUGGACCGAGUGAAAGAUAUAGUACAUAGAGGAACCAGGAAGCAUGCCAUAUACGUUGCCACAAAUUAAAUUUUGUAUAAAAUACAGACCGGAUACAGCGAUAGCCACAUCUACAGAGAUAAGGCAGAUACAUAAUAACAUAUAUUAUGGAUCACUGCAGAAAAUUCCCAGAACAGCUGGGUCCUAAGUCAUUACUGUUCCAUUGCAUCUGUGACUGCUGUGAGGCUUUAUAUAAUUUGAAGGUGUAUUGUCAUAUAUGGUGCAAUUCAGUAUAUGUAUGCAUUCCUCAAAAUACACGUAUAAUAAUGUAAACAGCACUGGUCGGCCAGUGAGCAGAAUUAUAAAUGGAACAGGUUCAACAGGGUGAUGCACAGAGUAAGCCAAGACACCCACCAAAACUAACCUUCCUUCAGCCAUCCACUGGGGACAUGUAUUGCAAUCUAGACAUUAUUGUAGCUACAUGAAUUACGGCAUUGACUGGUGAGAAUACAUCUGCGUCAGAUAUCUAGUUUAGGAACAUUAAAGGGACACUAUAGUCACCAAAACAACUUUAGCUUAAUGAAACCGUUUUGGUAUAUAGAUCAUGCCCAUGCAGUCUCAGUGCUCAUUUAUAUGCCAUUUAGGAGUUAAUUCACUUUGUUUAUGAACCCUAGUCACACCUCCCUGCAUGUGACUUGCACAGCCUUCCAUAAACACUUCCUGUAAAGAGUCAUCUAAUGUUUAUCCUUCCUUUAUUGCAAGUUCUGUUUAAUUUAGAUUUUCUUAUCCCCUGCUAUGUUAAUAGCUUGCUAGACCAUGCAAGAGCCCCCUCUAUGUGAAUAAAGUUAAAUUUACAGAGCAAGAGAUAAAAUUGUUUAAGGUAAAUUACAUCUGAUUGAAAGUGAAACCAGUUUUUAUUUUUUUUAUAUGCAGGCUGUGUCAAUCAUAGCCAGGGGAGGUGUGACAAGGGCUGCAUAAACAGAAACAAAAUGAUUUAACUCCUAAAUGGCAGUGAAACCUGAGAGGCAUGAUCUACACACCAAAACAGCCUCAUUAAGCUAAAUUUGUUUAGGUGACUAUAGUGUCCAUUUAACACCUCUUAAUUCACUGUAUAAUUAUUUUGUUCUCCAAUUUACAUUAACGCCAUUGUAAUUUGUUGAACAAUACCAAACUAGCUGAUAUUUGAGUCUACAAUUACCUUUCAUUUUGUUUGUCUGAUUCAUAUCCACUUCCAUAUAUUUGAAUAUCUGUGUUUUUGGUCAAGGCAAGUAAAAUUUUGGCCAAUUAUUUAACCAGUUUUGUUUCGGGUACAUUUGUUUGUUUGUUUUCAGUGUUGAAGGAUGCAACUUGUUUAUAGUCCUCUAGUUUUUUCUUUUUUUUUAAAGUUCGGUUUGCAUUUGCUUAGUUUACUAUACUUACUGUGAGGAAGGCAUUGUGCUAUACUUACUCUGAGGAAGGCCUGAUUUGUAGAGAAGUUCCAGUAAUAAGGUCGAAUGAGGGAGAACUUGUGGCUAUGGCAGCAUUUUUUUGUGGCACAUGGAGUGUUUCCAUUUCCUCGCUGGAGAAAUUAUAGCCAAGUUGGUAUUGAAGAUCAUCCCUCACUGUAGAGUACGAAGCUACAGAGUCUAUAAAUUGCAACUGGCUUGGGGCUGAAUUGAGGCCCUGUGUGACUGCAGAUUGCUAAUUUCAUUGAGCAAUUUAUUAGAAUAAAGAAAUAACAUGCCUUUUAGAAACAUUGUUCUCAAUUACUGGGAAAUGCAAUUUAAAUACCAAUGGAACAGAAAUAAUAGUCCUUUAUUACUUUAACAUAACUCGUGAUUCAUGUUAUAUUUUAGCCGUAUCCAAUUGGAAUAUUGUUUUUCAGAUGGAUUUUGUCCAACCGCUGUGAACAACAUGGCUUGCUGUCACUUUAUGUGAUUUAGAUAUUGUGCUUGUCCAGUAUAUGCGGUUUAUCUGCUUUUGUAUAGUAUGCAGCCUUUUUUCAGUCCUGCCCCUUGUAUUUGAUAUUUAGGGUUAAUUAAUUUGAUGUGGUCCAACAGAAUAUACACAUCUACAUCAUUUACCGCUAUGACGGUAUUGUAAAAUGUAUCUUUUAGUUUUGGUCUCUGAUCUGUUCAUAUUUAUAAAAUUGUUCUAAAAUGUCUCCCCCGCCAAUUGACGGUGGGGGAGGAGCGUGGGCAGAGCCUGACCCAGCGCCAAGGAUCAUCCGCGCUGGAUUCAGGUAAGUGGGUGAAGGGUUUUAACCCCUUCAGCUCCCCGGGAGGGGGGUGACCUAUUAACUCUGUAGUUCCUGGAAAACAGCUUUGUUUUCCUGGCACUCUAAAAUCCAUUUAAUUACGCAUUCUCAAUGAAGCUGAGAAGAAGACUGACUGUAGGUACAAAGCCCAGACACUCAAUAUAGUUAGGCAAUACUGUUUAUAUAUAUAUAUAUAUAUAUAUAUAUAUUGUCCAGUAUAGUUGUCCUGCAUGUAUAAUGGUGUCGUAGACAAUACCAACAGGAAUUGGUUUUAAUGAGAUUAUUUAAAAAAAAAAACUUUUGUAAGUUUAUUCACCUGAAUUGUUGUGAAAGGAAAAUUGAAUCACAAUAAUUAAGCUAAAAUAGUUGAGUAGGAUAGAAAAUCCCCACUAGGCUAUAUCCACAGUAAUAUACCACCCAAGUGCUCCUAUAUAGGAGGGACAGUCCCUCUUUUGUGUCCAAAUCCCUCCGUCCCUCUGUUAUUUCCUAAUGCCCCUCUUUUCUAGGAGCUCCAAUUGCUGGUGUGUCUGAGUGAGUGUAUACCAGAGCUUCACCGUAAUAAUACUCCCAGUAAUAUGUCUUUCAGCUACAAUAAAUGUGUUUAGAAGUCAGUCUGUGUAAAUAAGAUAACAUUUAGUUGCAAAGGUUUAUAAGUCACUAAGAAUGUUUCAGACCACCCACCCCUGUCUACACCCUUAUUCACACCCCUAAAUUUAAACUAUUGAACGUUUGGGAGGUUUACAGUAAACAAAUCACUGUUUAACGAAUUUUCCUUUGGCUUAUGAAUGUUGAGAGAGUUUGCUGCAGGGUGUAGUCGUCCACUACAUUGUGUUAAACCUCUCUGGUUUGUACAGCAAAAAAAAUCAAUAAAAUAAAUUACUUGAAUUUGAGAACAAAAAAAAAAAAGACGUACACUUGUCCUAUGCUUACAAUAAAAAGCUCUAUAAAGGUUCUAUAAACCUUAAAUGAUUACUUAUAGACUAAAACAUAUUCACCUUGCUAGUGAAUGAGCAAUGUGAUUUAUCUGUGACACAUUGAUUGACAUUGGCCCCUCUUCACAGUUUGUACAUGCUGUUCGGUGGGUAAAAUCCUCAGAGGUGAGUUUAUAUAAAACCAAUGUGUGCUUUUCUGCUAACCGUCACUGGAUUGGUUUGCUUGGUCUGACAAUGCAUUCCGUGUGCCGACCAAUAGUUUGUUUUCCUACCCUUUGUACAUGUAUCAUUCCUGUUUAUGGCUUAACCUUAACUACCACAUUCUCAGGCAGGCAGCAGGCGCUCUGCAGCAUAGAUGAGCUAUGUGAGGCACUGGUAAAAUCUUGUGUACUUUCUUGUAUCUCCAGCCUCACCCCCCGCCCCCAAUAAUUCUUUCUAUCAAGAAUUUUGGGAAGUGUGGUACUACAUCAAGAGUUUGAUAACUCUGCUCUGUAUUUUCCCCUUUAUUUGCCCAUUGGUGAUGCAGUGCUCACACAAAAUGUUGUUAUCCCAAAUUACGGUGUUACUGGUAUAAUGCUGGUACACUAAAUGGCAUCGAUAAACUCUGCUAUAGAGAUAACAACAUAUAGGUCUCACCAUAUUGCAGUAUUACAAUUCCUAUAGUGCUUACUAGCCUAUGGGAGCACUACCUGUUAACGAGCCAUACUCUGCUGUUUGAUAUUUAAAGAUAUUUAUUUGCAUUGUAAUAAGUAUCAUAAUGAAAAUGAAGUCACAACAAUAAUAGUAUAUACUACAUGCUUCUGUUAUCCUGCUAAUAUCUAAUGUUCAUUAAAUAAUCUCAGACGCACCUUCCCCCCCAUCUGUUGUCUCUCUUCACCUCUUCCCGAAAAAGCUCAACCCAAUUAAUUUCUUUCUUUACACUUAUUCCUGAUCCUUAAUUAUAUUAGUAAUUUGGAGAGGGCAUAUAUUGUAAGUUUUAUAUUUAUGAUAAUGUCCAGCCUGAGAAGACAAGUGGAGAGAAAACAAUGACUUGCCAGAAUAGAAUGUGCUUUUCAUUGUCAUCCGUGACAUUUAUAUCUUAUUUACUGUUAGUUAUUAACAUGUACAAUCACAUGGCAAUUCAAUAGAAUUCUCUAAAAUGCAAGCUCAUUGAGCACGGCCCUCAACCACUCUGUUCCUGUACGUCCAACUCGUCUGGUUACAAUUACAUAUCGGUUUGUCCACCCAUUGUACAGCGCUACGGAAUCUGAUGGCGCUAUAUAAAAAAUAAAAUAAUAUUUGCCAUGUGUGCAAGCUUUUAUGUACAUUCAGAUUUUACGCUAUUGCACGGAAAUCAGUUUGUUUGUUUUUUGUUUAUUACAGAUGCUGGCUGGAAGUGUAUAGUUUUUAAAAAAAAGUUUAUUCUUUUAAUUGUGUGUAUUUUUGCUUUGUUAAUAAUAGCAACAAACUGAUAACGUUGGAUAAAACUUCCCAUUUCAGUAAUAUAAUUUAGACAUACACACAUUAUAUUUCAUCUCCAACUCCUUUUGUAAAAUGGGUUAGAAAUAUACACUAUGCCUUGGAUAUGGUGGUCUAUGCCUUAAAUCCUAAAUAUCACAAUGAGGAUUUUGUUUACAAAUCCCAUAAGAACAUUUUGAUCAGAGUGUCCAGUGGCUCAUAGAGGAUUCUGGGAAAUGUAGGCCUGAAACGGCAGUACAAGCACCUCUGAGCCAGAGCAAGCAGAAGAGCUGUGUCAGCUGACAUUACCUUAAACUUAAAUUUCCCUAGCGCUUGGUGUGUAAAAUCUGUACUGCAUGUUGUGUGGAACACAGGGCUGGAAUUAUAGAAUAAGAAGGCUUGUGUUAACAAAAUGCAUACGUACAAAUAUAUCUGCCCAAUGUAAAGGAAAUAAUAUUAUAUACGGUAAAAAGAAAAUGUUUUUAUACUCUCUGUCUGUCGAAAAAAUUAAGAGACAGUCCUGGGCAAUUCGAUGGAUAUGUCUAUCCAAAUCUAGAUUGCAUGGUUACUAAAAAGCAACAUUAAACGUUAUUACAGGGACUUCAGCUUUGGUGUAAAGAAAACAUGGGCAUCAAGGAACAUAGUCAAUGCUGACCGUUUGUUCUUGUGAAGUUAUACCAUCUUUGUGUUAAUGAUGAAGGAACCCAUGGAGAUGGCAUUUGGUCUGGAGGAGCCCAGAUACAAACAGGAUCAGUGGUUAUAGCUAGAAUCCAAUCCACACAAUAAAUGGAUUCUCAUCUAGGUGUACACAGAGGGCUGACAAGGGAAAUGAAGAAAAUGACUUAAUACCUCUUUGUUGAUUGCUGAAAUCAUUUCAAGAAUCAGACAGACAUUGAUAAUAGCAGCAUUAUUAUACAUGCUCAGUAGAAGUCGUAAGGGUAGAUAUAUUAGGAGAGAUCUAUUAAAGUACAGUCUCUUUUUUGAAUGUAUUAGAUCAAAGUAAAAUAGCAGAAUUGGAAACAUUUUAAUACCCAGCUAUAGUCACAGCUUAGCUACUUUAUUGCUAGAUUCUGGCAGUGGGAUUUCAGUUUGCUACAAGGUUCUAAACUCUAAGGAUAAAAAACCCCCAUUACAUUAUUUCCGCAGUAUGAGGAAAUCCCGUAAAACACAGGCUUUUUUUGUGGAGCUUAAUAAAUCUGACUGCAUAGGUCGUCAUUUAUUAGUAAAUCAAGCCAAGUACAUGCUGGGCCAGAUUCCAAUAAUGAUACAGUAUAUAUUACAGAGUCGUUUAUCCUGAAAGUCAUACAUUAUCCCAGUCCUUGGCUGCAUUAUUUGUCUUUUUGUGCUGCAGUCACUUUAUACAUUCCGGGGUUUACUCAUUAAUACAAUUUAGCCGUAUCUAUUCAGCGUAAAGCUCUUUUUUUUUUUUUUACAUUGUUGAACAAAGAUGCACAUGUGGGUUUAUUCCUUAGAUCACAAAUUUCAGUAAACUGAAAACCAAAUUCCAAAAUUUGGACUCAAAUAACCUAACUGUGAGAGUUGUUGGAGAAUUUUCCCAAAUCAGUUUAACAGUUUGCUGUUUAGUGAAAAAAAAAACAACAACCCACACUUACAGCUGCAAAAUUAUGUUGCUUAACUUGAACGUGUUAAAAUCUCUCAGCAGAUCAGACUUGGUGGAUUUAAAGGGACACUCCACUGCCCAAAUAACUGUCUAAACACAGCUUGCAAAAGCUGCAGUUCUCUUCCCUGCCCAGACUUUCUGUGGCUGUCCAAUCACAGGUUUCCCAAUUUAACUCAAUGAGAAGUCUUUGCAAGGCAGGUGCUCUAACCAAUUGCUGCCUCUUAAAUUUAGCCCCACUGAGCUAAACAAACCAGGAAGUAACAGGACCUGUUGUCUGAACGACAUCAAGGAGGAUGUAACAACAUUCAUUUAUAAAAGUGCCAAUUUGUUAUUGAAAUCAGCAAUUUUUGUGAAAUGAAAUGAGGACAAAGUUUUUACACAUAAAGUAUUUCAGCAAGGUAAACUGAUUCAGGGGUCUGUGAUAUCCCUUUAAUAUCUUAUCACUUUUUUUAAGAACAGCCCCAAAAAUGCAAACGACAUGAAAUCUGCACAGCAUAAAACCAACGUAAAAUUAUCGUAAAGUAAAAAUGCAAUUGCUCCCUAUAUUAGUUCCUAAUCAGGAGCUUCCUUAUUGCAGGGUUAGCUCAUUGGUGGAGAGAAAUUAGCUGAGGUUUAUUGCCGAUGGGCCUAUCCCUGCAUAGCUGGACACAGCUCGUGAGAGAAACUGAAGUUUCUGUUUAGCAGUUUCUGGCUGCCGGGUGUCAGUAGGUAUGGCGGAGAGUGGCCCCAAGUAGGAAGUCAAACCGUUCCAAAAAGGUUAGACUACUGAUAGUAGGGGGGGAAAGCAAGGGCACCAUAACCACUACACGUUGCUGUAAUGUUAUAGUGCCAAGAGUGUUAAUUUAAGGAGUUUGAACAUACCAUUUGACUAGAGUAGCAUACAAGAUUAGAGUUGUAUAUUUCCCCAAAUGAACAAAUACUUCCAAAAUCCCAGUUUCUAUAAAAAUUUAUGUCCACAAUUUGCCUGUUCAUAAAAUACCUUUCUCUGAAUGGAUCUCUGCCAGGGUAAUAUGUUCGUGUGAUUCUACCAUCUCAUGCAAGAAUUAGUAAGUCACUGCUUGGCCUUUGCUCCCUGCCUUAUUCACCAAUGCCGGUAAGUAACUAAAUGGGCCGUGGCUACAAUAUUCUGUCUCCGAGUUGAAACAUGCGGGAGCGUAAUUAAGCCAUAGAAAAAGUCAAAGUACUGUAAUAGCUCCAUAAUGUGGAAAUAAGCAUGAAACACAUCUCAUCUCAAUUUUAUUACGUUGUUUUUCCAUCAAAGCUAAACCUUGUAAUGUACUCUCUAUAAAUAGUGGUAAGGAUUAGAUAGGGCUGGGGGAGAAUGGCGUCAGGAGGGGGGGGGGAGAAGCUAGUAAAAUUACCAAGGUAUAGAAAAAUUUCUUUUAUCUAUAAUUUUGUAUGUUUGUAGGAAAUAUUAUUAUAUUUUUUUAUGGAAGUUAAACUUACAGGAGUAAACAAUAAUGAUACCCUUUAGUGUUUAUGUUUUUUUUUUUUUUUACUUGUCUUCUGUAAUAAUAAUUAGUCAUAAUAAUAGCAAUAAUUAUAUCCUGAUUCCUUGCUCUAUCACGUGGGAAUUAAAAUAAUUUUCUCCACUUUGGAAACUGCCACAAUGUCAUUUUAAUGAGGCUGCUUACUUUUAGGUCUUUCUGAAUCAAAGGAUAUUAUACAGGCAAACCAAGUGAUGAAAGCAAUUUGCUAUUAUUGUACUUAAGUUUAAGUUGUUAGACUAGCACCCCUUAAAUAUAAAAUACCCCCGGCUACACACCAACACAAUACAAUGAGAUAUGGUCUUGUACCUAUUUGGAGUUUGCCUGUAGUCAUUGCAGCCAAAAUCUAAUAGUGAAAAAAGUUUGGAAAAGUCUUAAUAGAGCAUUAAAUAUCAAAUCUAAACAUGUUUUAAUCAUGAUCAUAAUGAAGAGUGAAUAAAAUAACAUGGUUACAGAAAUAAGUGAUGUUUUGAUUUAUUAAGAAUUGAAGUAAUGCAGUGUGAUAAACUAUGUAAAAUUGUUUAGAUCUGUUUACAUGACCUUAGUAAAAGUACUGAUUAUAUUAUUAUUCUUUCUCUUCUUUCCUAUGUGCCCAUGGUUUGGGGACUUGCGCUGUAAGUGUCACAGAUUUGCAUGGCUGUUUUGUUGCUACAGAUUAAAGGGAAUCUCUCAUUAAAGUUUAGAUAAUAAAGUGUACCUUGCAAUAUGUUGAUAAACUCUCCUUAGAGAAUUUCCGAUCACUGAGAAUUGUGGCAAACUGGCAUACAUUUUAAUCCAAAACUAUUAUUAUACAUCUGCUGGAUGAUACUAACGGAAGCUCUGUCUGCCAUCUGUAAGCACUGGAAUCGGAAAAUUCUACAAAAUUUUACAGCUGUUUUCCAUGUCAGCUCUUGUGGUGUAAAAUAUCAAAUUCCCUAGUUUAUUCCUGUCCAAUUUUCCACUAUUCCAAUUUUAGGAAGUAGGCAUUCCAAACCCCUGAUUUGGGCUGAUUUAGUGUAAUGAACUGGUACACAGCCUUUGUGGAUCACUUGUUGUUGAUGAUCCGAUAAAUGAUGAGUUGGCUGAAGGUAAUGCCGUAGCCCAUUAAGUUCUCAAGAACUGGAGAAGAGGUUUAUUAAUCUUGUAGGAUUAGGAGUUUAUUUAAAAGCAUUUUGUUAAACAAGCAGUGAAAAUUAACACCUUGUUCACCUUGAGGAAUUUAAUAAAUUUAUGUGUGAGUGGCAGUCUAGAUGUUAAGGUUCUGAACAAUAAGUAUAUAACCUAUUAUACCCCACAUAAACUAAUAGGGGAUCCAUUAACUCUCCAGUCUCAAACACAACAGGACACAGGCAUGUUCACCCUUCAAUCCUUGGCACUCAGGGUGAAGACUAUAAGCAGAGGUCUUCCUCGUUUUUUCUGCUUUCCUUUAAAAGGAAAGUGACCGGAAUUAAUCAGCUCACAUUUGAUUCAUAAAGGUUCACUUGAUUGUCUUGGCACUUGCUCCCCACGUGUGAAGUCUUAGAGUGAGACAGUAGUUUCAGUCUGAUUGUAUUGAAGGUGCUGUAGAUGCUCAGCUCUAGAUUGUAAGCCUUUCUCUAACACAGGUUGGAAAGGCAUUGCGCUGCUCUAACCUCCAGAAAAAAGGGGUAACCAAGCAAUACUAAGUUCAGAAUGGGUUAAUUAGGUAAGGAGAGAUUGUGUUCAUGACAUAGAAUGCCUUUCCUGGGAUUACACCUAUCGACUGGUUCACUGAAUACUCUUACCUGCUGUUGGGUACCGUACGGUGGGUUUCCCUGUUUUUAUGCUUUCUAUAUAUUUUGUUUCAUGCUGUAGGCAGCAUUGUUUUCAUGUUUAAUAUGCUAUUUUCUUGCUCUCCUUGUGUUAAAUAUAGCAGUGAAGGCCAAGAUAUUAGACAAAGUCAAACUGUUAGACAUGGACAAUCUGAGAUUUAUAGCCAGUCUGAUAGAAAUGCUAUAGACAUGGUCAGUCUGUUAGAUAUGGUCAGUGCUGUAGAUGUGGUUUAUCUGAUAGAUAUGGUGAAUAUGGUCUGUCUUCUCAAUAGGGUCAAUGUGGUUGACAUGGAGUAGCCGUAGAUACAGUUACUGUGGUAGAUGUGGUCUAUCUAGUAGAUACGGCCAACGUGGUUUAUCUGGUAGAUAUGACCAGUAUAGUAGAUAUAGUCUGUCUGGUAGAUAUGACCAGUAUAGUAGAUAUAGUCUGUCUGGUAGAUAUGACCAGUAUAGUAGAUAUAGUCUGUCUGUUAGAUAUGAUCAGUGUAGUAGAUAUAGUCUGUCUUGUAGAUAUGACCAGUAUAGUAGAUAUAGUCUGUCUGGUAGAUAUGACCAGUAUAGUAGAUAUAGUCUGUCUGGUAGAUAUUAUCAGUGUAGUAGAUAUAGUCUGUCUGGUAGAUAUUAUCAGUGUAGUAGAAGUGGAGUAGCUGAAAAAAACAGUCAGACUGAUAGAUGUGGUCUUUCUUGUUGAUAUGGUCUGUGUGUUAGAUGUGGUAGCUAUAGUCACUGUGGCUGGCGUGGUCUGUGUGGUAGAUAUGGUCAUUAUGGUUAAUAUGGCUUAUCUGGUAGAUCUGGUCAGUAUGGUUUCCCUAGUCUUUCUGGUAGAUAUGGUCAGUGUGGUUGAUAUAGUUUAUCUGGUAGAUAUGGUCAGUGUGGUUGAUAUGGCUUAUCUGGAAGAUAUGGUCAAUGUGGUUCAUGUGGUCUUUCUGUUACAUAUAGUCAGUGUGGUUGACGUGGUCUGUUCGGUAGAUAUGGUCAGUGUGGUUGACGUUUUCUAUCCAUUAGAUAUGGUCAUUGUGGUUGACGUUUUCUUUUUGGUAGGUAUGGUCACUGUGGUUAAUGUGGUCUUUCUGGUAAAUAUGGACAGUGUGGUUGACGUGGUCUGUCUGGUAGUUUUGGUCAGUGUGAUAAACACAGACAUUCUAGUAGACGUGAAACUUCUGGAAGAUGUGGUCUAUCUAGCAGAAGUGGUGUAGAAGGCAUAGAAAAUUUAGUUGGUUAGGUUUAUCUGAUAGAUGUGGUUUCUUUGCUGGGCAUGGUCAGUGUAAAAAGGGUGCCCUCGGCCUGUUUGCAACCCCUUUAUUUUGGCCUUAAAAUCAGCGCCUGAGUGCUAAGCUACAGAUAGUCAGUCUUCUCUAAAUCUGCCUAUCAAUUCACCAAAUUAAAUGGUUGAGUUACAGCUUUUAUGAUGUUAGGACAGGAAUAAAUAAAUAAAAUACAUGAUAGAUUCCCUUUGACAUCUGGUUUUGUUUUAUUCCUCAUUAACCACCUUUGAUUUAAUAGCCUGCUCAGCUUUCCUGAUAACAGUUGUUACUUCCUGUGUUAGUUUACCUUUGCCAGGAAUGGAAUAAUAAGUGAUUUGUAAAGUGCUUUUGUCAAUUGUCCUUUGUUGGCUGCACUAAUAUCUCAUCAACGAGUCACAUUUAAUACAUUAUUCUUACAUUGAAUUGAUAUAUUUAUUUAUAAUUCAGAUUAGCAGUUUAGCAGCAUAUCAACUCUAGCUACAUUAUAUAACCAUGUCCAUUUAUAAUUGGACUGCAGUUAUGGGCUGCCAAUUGUCACGUGUGCUGGGGGUGCAAAUUGCUCCCGGCAUACAAGUGCAAAUAACUCUGGAUGCACAGUGUACAUCCAGACUUCUACCACCAUGACCACUUCAAAAAGCAGAAAUGAUCACGGUGACUGGAGUAGUAGGGAUACUCAGUGACAUAAUGCUCUUACCUUUACUAAGGAUUAGUGCAAUUCUGUCACUUCAAUGAUUGUAGAGAUUAACCCCAGCUGGCGAGUUGUACGACAGAUGUGGGUCUACCUUUUGGCCACCUUUGCUCUAGACCGGGGUUUUAAAAAAAUUUUUAGCACAAAAUCCCUGGCUACAUAAAUCCCGCCACUGCUUUUUUAACCUUGUUUUUUAAAAUAUAGUUUUGUGUUCGCCACAAUUCCCUGUGAAUAAGUCCCUGAGAGUAAUCGUGCUGCUCUGAAAUUACUGCAGGUUUUAUUCUUGUCCUUAGAACAAAGUUUGACCUUGCCUCUUAGUUCUGUUGCCUCACUAAUAACUGUUAACGUGAAUAGCGUGUAUUCUCAAGGGAAGCUCGGUGUUUUCUUGACAAGGCUCCAGAGUCAUGGCUUCCCUCAUGUUUUGGCAGUUCCAUGGCAACCACUGCUGUAUUAUCACUUCCUAAUUUGCACAGAUAUAUUUUAAUAUCCAGUUGCCUGUUACAUUUAGUUAGCAGUACAUGACACACGAUUACUUGACAGGGGCCUCUUGUUUAUGUGAAAUCUGUCCUAAGCCAGUUUUUGAAGUUGGGAUUCAAAUUCCCACAGAUCAACUGCAAAGAAAGGCCCCAGAAACCACAAGGCCAUAAAACAUAUUAUAUUUUACACAUAUUUGGUAAACGUUUGUAAAUGUAUGUCUUCAGGGAGUUGGUAUGGGGAUAUUCACUUAAGUGAGAAUUGCCAAGAAUCAAACGCAAAUGAAAAGUGCUUUUUCGAAAUAACCAACCUGAAUUUUUUUUUAAAUUGAUCUAAUUUGGCUAUUUUGACCUAAAUGUAAACAUUUACAGCAAAUUUUGCUUCCACCAAGAGUCCUAUAAUUUGUAUUUAUUUUAUAAUAAACUAAACAUUCUAGUAUAUGAUGUAUACAUAUCAAUCUAAUACAAUGAUCAUUAAUAAUAUCACUUUAAUGACAGAAUGUUGUUAUAGUUGUGCGAUACAAUACAUUUGCUUUUAUGAGUACAUCUUGGUAAAAAAAAAAAAAUGUUCUUAGAGAACUAGUUGGAAAAAAUGAUUUAUUUUAUUUAUAGAAACAUAUGCCCAUUACACAUGAUGAGGAAAUAAACUCUAUACCUAUACACGAUGAACCCCAAGGCACAGGUCCCUUGAAACCCCAUCAGCAUUCUCUGUACAUAAUUUAAACGUCACUUUUGCUUCUCUCAGUAACUUUUAAGUAACUUUAAGUAAGGUUGUCUUUGGCAGUGAGUAUGUUCCAGACUAAUUGCUGGGAAGAGUUUCUCAGUCUCUAUAUUGUUUUCCCUGCGACUCACACUAAGUGUAACUCAUGGAGUGGUGCAAACUGACGAUUGCUGAGCUCACUAACUGCUUGACGUGCUGCCUGCAGUCGUGUAAAGUUGUGAACGACUCGCUUCAUUGUAAUGUCUAUUUAUACCGUGUAGCUUGUUCUGGACUCAGUUGUUGAGGUUGAAGUGGAGGAGCCAGAAGUGACCUCUAAGGCAAACUUUGAGCUAAAAGAAGUGAUUUUAGACGAUGAUGAAGAGGCCAAAGAUUUUGUUGUGCUGGAUGCAAGGGCCAUAAAUAACCCAACUGGGAAGAAGGACCGGCCUUUGGAGGUAUGGUUCAAACUGGACAGGCUUGGGAAACAUUGCUUUCAUUUUAGUAUCUACAAUGCUCCUUGGUAAACAAUCAUUUUAGAUGAAUACAAAGGGAAAAAUCACAUUUAAACAGUAUCGCCAGUUUAUUUUUUCUUCCCAUUUUCUGCAGCAAGCAAGGCUCUUACUAACUGUAGACAUAGGUUGUGAGAUAAUUCCUCCUAGACAGAGCCGUCUUUAAUUUUGAUUGGACCCUGGGCAAGCAUUUACUUGGGCCCCCUGACUACAUAUAGAUACACACAAAUACACUACCUGACCCACAUGCAGAUACACACUGACCGCAUAUAGAUACACACAAGAACAUACAAAUACACACAGACUACAUAUAGAUACACUGACACACAGAUAGACACACACAGAUACACAACCUGACACACAUGUAGAUACACACACUGACAUACAUGCAGAUACAAAGGUACACACACUGACUACAUAUAGAUACACCAACACACACACUGACACACAUACAGACACACAACCUGACACACAUGCAGGUAUACAGAUACAAACACUGACACAUACAGAUACACACUGACUAUAUACACACACACACAAACACAAACACAAACGGACAACAUACAGAUACAGAGACACAUUCUGACAGACGUACUGACACAGAGACACACACAGACAGCCAUACUGAAACACACAUACACACAGACAUACAGAACCACACGGACACUGACAGACUCACACAUAGACAUACCGACACACUGACAGACAUACAGACAUUCUGGCACACAUACACACAGACAGACAUACUGAAACACACAGACACUGACAGAUGUACACACAUACAGACAUUUUUACACUCACAGACAGCCAUACUGAAACACACAUACACACAGACAUACAGAACCACACAGGCACUGACAGACAGACACACACACAGACAUACUGACAGACAUACUGGCACAUAUACACACAGACAGACAGAUAUACUGAAACACACUGACAGACAUAUUGACAAACACAUACAGAACCACAAGGACACUGACAGACUCACACAGACAUACUGACACACUGACAGACAUUCUGGCACACGUACACACAGACAGACAUACUGAAACAAACAUACACACAGACACUGACAGACAUACACACAUACAGACAUUUUGACACUCACAGACAGCCAUACUGAAACACACAUACACACAUACAUACUGAACCACACAGACACUGACAGACACACACACAGACAGACAUACUGGCACAUAUACACAGACAGACAUACUAAAACACACAUACACACAGAUACACUGACAGACAUACUGGCACACAUACACUGACAGACAUACUGGCACACUGACAGACAUACACACAUACAUACACACACACACACACACACACACAGACACCAUGCAAAAUUUGAUAACCACCCUCCAGUUUCUUACCUUUUCCUGGAGGGUGGCUUCCCUGGGGUCCAUUGGGCUGGCUUAGGUGGCUGGGAGUUAAGCUCUCCCCCCUCCGGAACAGCUGGUCCGCCUUCCUCCCGCGCGGCUCCUGUUUCUGUGGGAGGAAGUGACGCACUGCUGUCACUUCCUCCCAGUGCUGCCGAAAAGCAAGGGCCCGGUCGUGCUGUUAAAGCGCCACAGCGCCCGACCAGGCCCCUGCUGAAAUAGGCCCACCGGGUGGCACUAAGUGCAUGGGCCACCCGAUUGGCUCCCAUAGUUUGCAGGCAGAGGGCAAACGGAGCAGCUGUCUUGGGCAUCCCGAGCAGGGACAGGGCCCGGGGCAGCUGCCCUGUUUGCCCCGUGUUAAAGACGGCCCUGCUCCUAGAGAGAUGUUUUCCAACACAACACACAAAUGUCCAUGUUAAGGUGAACUCUCAAGCUUGGGAGUAAACUUGAUAGUGAAUUGGGAUGUGUUGGAGAGCUGUUCGCUGAACAGUCUGCAGCCAAAAACACCAUCCAGUUCACUAAACAGUUACCCAGACGGUGUAUAAACUGAUAGCACAGUCUGCAGCCCAAAAACACCAUCCAGUUCACUAAACAGUUACCCAGGCGGUAUAUAAACUGAUAGCACAGUUUGCAGCCCAAAAACACCAUCCAGUUCACUACAGUAACCCGGUCUGUGUAUAAACUGAUAGCGGCUGCAGUAUGGCUGCUAUCAGUUCACACAGCUUAAAAUUCUAUAUUAUGAUGUGAACAGCUCUUUGGGAAUAAACCACUGGAUGAAGUAUGUUGAGAUAAGAUUUGUCUCCACAGACAAGAAAAAGCCACUGCUGUAACCAUUUUUUAAUUUUUGUAUUUAAAUAUAUAUUGAGAGAGAGAGAUAUAGAUAGAUAGAUAAUGUUUUUAUGACUUGGAAAAGUAAGUUUAUAUAAAUCCAACAAACUGUGCUUAUUGAUAGAUAUGUAUGCAAAGAAGCCUACAUUUACAAAAGUCACUAUUCGACUGAAUAACACAGUUCCAUUCACUAGAACCCUGGAUACCACAAAUCUUUUAUUAGAUGCGAAGUUGUUUUUGUUUUAUUGUAUUUUAGUCCUAUUUAUCAUUGCUAACUUCUGAAUUCUAAACAGCCCCUGCAAUGUCUGCAUGUGUACAUGUAUAUAUGGUUUUAUCUGGUAAUUUAGUAUAUUAAGCAGAAACCUGGUACAUGGCAGAGUUAAGAGUUCUGUGAUCCUUGUCUGCAGGUAGCACGGUCCUCUAGGGUAAACAAUAGGCACAGUCAUUUGGUUUGCAUAUAAUCCAGGCAGUUUUAUUGUCAAACUCCACCACAGCUACAGCAGCAAAUGAAAACAAAAAUUUAACAAAAUCCUAUAAACAAAAACCUAGCUCGGUCUGAGCACUAACUGACAUCAAGUUCCCUCUCUCUCAAGGGUUUAAUCUAGAACAAAACAAAAAGUGGUUUCACCAACCUAGCGUCUUUUCCAGCUCUCAGCACUCCAGUGUUUUUGACAGCCCGCUGCUUCCCUUUCUACACUCCCAGUGCUCCAAGCCAGCCUUGACUGCUUUCCUUUUGCACUCCCAGUGCUCCAAGCCAGCCUUGACUGCUUUCCUUUUGCACUCCCAGUGCUCCAAGCCAGCCUUGACUGCUUCCCUUUUUCACUCCCAGUGCUCAGUCUCCUUGACUCUCUUACUGGAGAGAAGCCUCACUCAUACCUGCUUCCAGGGAGAAAGCCAGCAAUCCCUCUUCACCUGGCUAGCAGGGAGGGGUUUAUUCCCACUGCUACAGCUGAUUAUCUGCAGCUGAGCAGUGGGUUGGAGACAGCUCCAAAAAACUCUGGCCUGGACAUUAUUUCCCCCAGUUGUGUAUAAAUUAAAGGGGGUGAAGCAUUGGCCCACCCUGUUCUCCAAAUGCUCAACCCCAGGGGCCCAUAACUAAACGGUGGAUUGUGUUGCCUACAACACAUACUACACAUACCCCCCCUGGGGUUAAAUGUUAUAGGCCUAUCUGCCUUCACUUUAUCACAGUUCCUAAACCGAUAUGUUAAUUGGGUCCGAGAGAAGUUCCACCAUGGGUUACUUACAAUUUAACAAAGAGGAGGAAACGCGGAAACAAACAGCAGUUGACCAUGUGGCUGUGGAUUAGUAAGAGAGAGCAAUCAUUCAGGACUGAUACAUUUGGGUUGGAACAGUUCCAUUUAAAUUUUUUCAGCUAAACACCUUUGAAGUAUUUACUGGGUUGAAAUAUGCGGUUGAAGUAUAUAAGAACACACCUUCCAGUAGCACAUGCACGCUUGUUGUUCGCCUAUGAUGCCAUUUACAAACAUUCCACCUGUUUCAGGCUGAUCAGCCUACAGUACUGAAAAUUGAGUGAUCACAUGAAGUGCAGUGCAAAGCCUAUCAUAACCUGUUGAUCUAGUGCAUGAAGUUUGUAUACAAUACUUUUGUCUGCACUAUAUCAGUAAUGUUUGUGGGCACCUGACUAUGACAUCAUAUCCCAUCUCUACAAACAUUGCCAAACCGGUGGGCACACAAUCAUGUACGUAAGAAAGAAACCACUCUGUGUAUUUAUGAAUCCUUCUUGGUACGAUGCACAUGAUGUAAGUGAGAACAUGCAAAAACACUUGACGUGUUCCAUCAGGUCUUUACUUGAUAAGCGAUUUAUACAAUUAAUUAUAGAUAGUACUAAUGUGCAGUUCAAAUUGUUAUGCAUACAGUAUGGCACAUAGUGCAAACAGAAAAUAAUGAACUUGUCAAGUAAUGAGAUGGAUGACCUACGUUGCCCUUACGUUGUUCUUUGUGGUUGGCGGCACCUGCGCUUCGGUGGAGAAAAUAUCCAAAGAGUAUACACUGUUGGCAGUCAGGACAUUUAUUAUUACUACUCACUUGUAUCCUAUGUACCUAGUCUCUAGGCGAACACAGCCAGAAGACGGUGCUCUAGGUAUGUCACGCUGUGGGCCCCAUGGCUGUUGAACUAAAGGUCUCCCAUAAUUAUGGAGGUUGUUUUUGUGAUUAUAGGCUGUUACUGAGUUGAGCGUGUGUUAGUUUAACAAAAGCUGGGGUGAUUACAUUUAAAUACCCCUGCAUCAGCCACAUGCAACCAGUAGAGGGGGCUGACUCCCUGCCCUGCUUAUCACCCAUUGACUAUUCAAUGUUCUAAUUUGGAACACUGACACGGACUCUGCCAACUGUAAAUAGGAACUAGACAACAUAUUAAAUAUGAAUCUUUAUUUUUGUUGAUAGUGAUUGCCAUUGCAAAGAUUAUUGAAAUCAAACUCAUAUAUAUUAUAGUUUAUCUCUUGUGUGAGAGAAUGAGUAAUUAUAAUCACACUCUAUGCGGUGGCUCAAAUUAUUGGUUCCAUUAGUCUGCAAUGUGAUAUAACUAAUACUGAGCAGCAUUAGAAGUUCGUAAAAUAAAAAUAAUUACUGCAAACACUUUAUCUCCCAUUAAUAUUUACACUAUGUUUAUUUGCUUCUCAUUCUCUUCAUCCAUCACUCAGAGAGUGGAGACCAACGAUGCCCUGACCCACAGACAGAGUAAUAAAAGACGUAGGUGAAAAAGUGCAUGAUGCCAGUUAAAGCCACUUAAACACAUGCAGUGCCAAGGGGACUUGGGCACACAAAGUGCAUGAAGAAUGUCAAACUUGUCUGCAUGAUCAACUGGUCGCUUCGUAAAAUAGCUGGAUUCCAGUGCUCUCUAGUUAACAGAGCAGGUCCAGAAUUUCAUUAAAGGCUGGCUGGGCAUCAUGGGAAAUGUAGUUCACAAAUAUCUGUACCAGAGUUAACCAUCUCUAUUUCAUAGCAUACAUGACAUUCAAGGAUGCACUACAGCAAUUUUGGAGCAAACAGUAAUAAUUUGUCCGUUUCUAAAAAAAACAAAAAACAUUAUUUAACCAGGAGGAAGUGUCAGGAAAGGAUAAAUUAUAGUAAAAGAUAAAUAAAGUUAUACUUUUACAUUCUUAUGUCCACAACAAAGGAAGGACAAACCUCGUUCCGAUACCAGCUAAAUCCUGAAUGAACUUGAUGGAAGCUAUAGUCAAUGUCAACUUUAACCUAUUUUAAUAAAUAUACAGGUUUUCUGGUGAUCUGUCCAUUAAGAGGACUGUACAACGGACAAGAGGACAUACUUUGAGACAUGAACCGAAAUUGGAAAUUGUUUAAAAGUUGUUGUUUUUUUCUUUGCCUUGUCUGCAUCAACAGCACGAACAUGUACAAAAGGUUGAAUUUCAUGGACUUGAGCCUUUUUUUUUCAACCAGUUUUAACAUGUUACUUUGUUAUCUAUGUUUAAGAAUUAGACAAGCAGUUCAGCACUCAUUCCCAUGAUGUACCAACCAUAAAUGCUUUGACCUAUACGUAUUUGCAAUCUGAACACGUGACAUAAUUUUUUUGUUUUGUACAUGUACAUGCUUAUGUGUGCUUGUGUGCAGGAUUUGGAUAUAAAAUGAGUAAUUGAAUCUCUUGCAAUGGUUAUUUUACUUGAAAUAUAAUCACCAGAAUUUGCCGAUACCUCAUUUAGCAUCGUCUGGAAUGUGAUAACUUUGAUACCUUUGGGGGUCUUCUCCACAAAUGAUUAUAUGAGGGUGAUCAGCUUUGUGAAUUGUGUGCAAUUUAAAUAUUGCCAUAAAAACCUUUCUGCUGAAAUUGUGUUUUGAGAUUGUAACGUGCCUGUUUUACGUAUAAAUACACUCAGGAUAUAGGGAAAAAUCGAUUUUUUUCUUUGUAACUGCAGUAAUGUGUUUCCAUAUGAGGACAUUAGAUAUAAAACUGAACUGUUUCACCAAAGCCAACAGCUAUUUUAGCAUAUUCUAUGCAAUUUUGCCCUUUUGUGCAACAUUUUUAUAUUAAUUUUGUGGAAAAUUAAGUACGAAAUCUAUACUGUAAUUCUAUAAAUGACACCUGUAUGGUCGUACCUGUGCUAACUCAUUUUAUGCCAUUUUACUUGAGAAGAAUGUCAGGUUUUUUAAAAAGCAAGUUGUUCUGUUUAUUAUGUUUGGUUGUUUUGUUGAUGUGCACUCGGAUUUCAUGCAUUUACCAUUUCAUGCAAGAUUUGGGAACUUGUGGAAUUUUUAAUUGUGCUGAAAAUGUUCGAUAUUUUUAUGUUAGGGGAACAGUAUUCAAAGGAAUUUAAUGUAAAACAGUGUAACACUGAAACAUGGUCUGGCCUUCGCUGUGUUCCUAACUCAGAACUCUUUGAACAGUAAAAUAAGUGAAAAGGCUAACUAAAAUUAAUAAGCCUUUGUUUUAAAAUUUUGCAGUUUUAGACAAAUUAGUGUUGAGAACUCAUAUAAACCACAGGAGAGGUGUUAAAUCACCCUGAAUACAGUAAAUUCAGUGAUUAACAACAGUGCAGAACAUUCCGUGCCAGCAAUCCUUUUAUUAUAGCACUUACAGCAACGGGGACAAUAUUUCAACUUCCACUGUGGUUUUUAUCAAGUCACUCCCACAGCUCGAACACAAGAUAUAUACAUAUAUAUAUAUAUAUAUAUAUAUAUAGAUAGAUAGAUAUAUGUAUAGUGCAUACCGUUACAUAAGUGAAUUUAGGAGGUUUGGUUAAACAAUCAUCUGACUUAAUGCCUGUCACUUGAACAGUUAUGAAUAUAAACAUACACGGCCAAUCUGUCAAAACAAUGAGUCAGGAUGAUUUACCUGUAUAUUUGUGUACUGAAUUUUUUUUUUAUAAUGUAAAUAUAUAAGUGAGAAAGAUAUUUAAUAGUGUAUAAUAUAUUAAGUUGAAGAAUAGUGGCAAAAUAUGCAAAAAAAUUACAGAGAUAGACCCCCCCCCCCAGUUAAUUUUUUCAUUAGGUGCCCCCCUUUAUUGGAUUAACGACUGGGCAACAAUAACUGCCGGAUCAAUUUCUUUAUUUUAUAUCAGCAAACAGCCAAUGGCUGGUCAAUGUUUAGAAACAUGACCCUAUUGUUUCUUUACUUGAAUAAUGGCUGAAUUUCAUCCAAAAACAAAUGCACAAAUGGACGAAAUUUGCUUCAGCCAAAAUAAAAGAAUGUUUUUGUUUGAAUGUAUUUGGACAAAAUUAAAAUGUUGGCGGCACCAAAGUCUAGUCUUUAAAAUGAUAACGAGGCUUUUUUCUUUUAAAAAAUCAUGACAUGGUUAGUUGUUCUCCUCUCAGUCUCAUCUACUCCAGCCAUUUGUAAGGUUUGGUGGAAACUGCAAAACCUGUCUUGAUAGCUGCAACAUAUUCUUUUGUAACACACACUUAUGAUUAUUUUUUUAUUUUUUUUAUUGCAAUAAAAAUGGGGUUGGGUUAGAGUGCAGGUUCUCUUGCCCCUGUAGACCGGUUUCCCCUGGUAAUAGCCAUUUUACCAUUUAAAUAGUACUAGAGAAUUAAAAUAACUUGUACCAUAGUACCUCAUUUUGUUCCAGUAGGAAAAAAGAGACAAUCCAGGAAAUAUACAAGUGUGCAAAGACAAGAAAGUCCUAUUGUUCAUCUUUCACAUUUUGCCCUAUAAAAUCAUAGUGGGUAAAAAAAAAAAAAAUCUGGAAAGAAUUGUUUAAUUUCACAGACACCAACCUGAGUGGAUUUGUUGUACGCUUUGUUGUUAUUUGGUUCAAGGGUAUUUUUUUUUUUGCUUUAAUAAGAAUUAAUUUGGAUCUUGUUUAAUGUGAGAUUUUUGUAAAGAGGAUUUUCGACCGCAAACAUCAAAGGUCUAGUUUAGUAAAUUAUUGUCUGUUAUGAUGAACACAUGUUAAUAUGAUGGCAGAGAUCAAUGAGAGAUGAGGUUUGACCUUGGUAGAAUAGCCUGGUGCUUCUCAUUCAUUACGUUUGGUGGUUCUACUCAUGGUGAACCAGAUGUUGACCAUCAUACAUGUCCACGGUCCUGUCACAUUCCAUAGUUUGUCCUUUUUGUCAGUGCCCCAAAAUAUGAUAAAGACCUUGACACACAGCUCUUUUCCAUCUCCUACCCUUCUGCCCUCCUCCCUCCCUUGGUUGAUAUCUUUAGACACAGGAGAGGUGGAACAGAAAAUCACUCAACCUCCAUCGAAAGCUAUGUCGGUGAAGAGGCAAGAGGAGACAAGGACCAGAGUGAGCUCAAAAAAGCCACAAUAAUGUGUUUUAACCAUGAGACUGCUGGUUAAUGUGAGUAUCCUCCUACCUAUUAAUAUUAUCAGACAGAUAAGAUAGCCUGGGAUGCCAAUCUGCAGAUGGUCCAGAAGUCCAUCUACCAUAAAUCAGCUAUUCACAGACUUUGUAAAACAUGGACCUUCUAGUAGGUGCUGCUGGAGAAUGGCUCAUAUAAUAUGUCUGUAUAUUUAUAAGUGUUUUUUUUUUAUGUGGUUCUGUUAUUACUAUGAUUACUCUUUUUAUUUGUAUCCAUUAAUAUAAAAUAAUAUAUGAGUGUAAUAUUUCAAUAUGAAAACAAACAAGUAUUUUAAGUGGCAGCCAUACUGAAACAUGACUAGAAUUGUUCUGUAAGCUUAUUUCAAACUUACCAUAUCAAACUUUCUUUAAAUUCAUUAGCAUAAACGUUGAGUUUUAUUUUAAUCCUGUCCAGCGUUUAAAAACAAACAAACCUUGGAACGUGGAAUGAAAAAGACAGCAGCAAUUUUGGAUGACUAUUGCGAGAUAAUAAAAAAAAGAAAAUGAUGCAAAUUGACAAAAAAAAAAUACCUUUCCAUUUCUAUGUCCCUCCUUUUCAGAAAAAGUAGGGAAUCAACAUUUUCAAAAUCAUACAGCCUUUCUUGUCUUUUAGGCUGGUUCUGGAAUAUUAGUGUUGAAGUACAAAGAUCGUUUAAUCACAUACAGUAGGUGUGAAGAAAAUAUUAAACAAAUUAUGGUAAAAUACCUGGGUUUUAGGUAUUUGAAAUCUGGUGGCAUUUUUGGAAUGCAGAUUGAUCUGUAUUGACGUAUGUAUGUGGGUGGGAUAUGCACCUACAGGGAGUGCAGAAUUAUUAGGCAAAUGAGUAUUUUGACCACAUCAUCCUCUUUAUGCAUGUUGUCUUACUCCAAGCUGUAUAGGCUCGAAAGCCUACUACCAAUUAAGCAUAUUAGGUGAUGUACAUCUCUGUAAUGAGAAGGGGUGUGGUCUAAUGACAUCAACACCCUAUAUCAGGUGUGCAUAAUUAUUAGGCAACUUCCUUUCCUUUGGCAAAAUGGGUCAAAGAAGGACUUGACAGGCUCAGAAAAGUCAAAAAUAGUGAGAUAUCUUGCAGAGGGAUGCAGCACUCUUAAAAUUGCAAAGCUUCUGAAGCGUGAUCAUCGAACAAUCAAGCGUUUCAUUCAAAAUAGUCAACAGGGUCGCAAGAAGCGUGUGGAAAAACCAAGGCGCAAAAUAACUGCCCAUGAACUGAGAAAAGUCAAGCGUGCAGCUGCCACGAUGCCACUUGCCACCAGUUUGGCCAUAUUUCAGAGCUGCAACAUCACUGGAGUGCCCAAAAGCACAAGGUGUGCAAUACUCAGAGACAUGGCCAAGGUAAGAAAGGCUGAAAGACGACCACCACUGAACAAGACACACAAGCUGAAACGUCAAGACUGGGCCAAGAAAUAUCUCAAGACUGAUUUUUCUAAGGUUUUAUGGACUGAUGAAAUGAGAGUGAGUCUUGAUGGGCCAGAUGGAUGGGCCCGUGGCUGGAUUGGUAAAGGGCAGAGAGCUCCAGUCCCACUCAGACGCCAGCAAGGUGGAGGUGGAGUACUGGUUUGGGCUGGUAUCAUCAAAGAUGAGCUUGUGGGGCCUUUUCAGGUUGAGGAUGGAGUCAAGCUCAACUCCCAGUCCUACUGCCAGGUCCUGGAAGACACCUUCUUCAAGCAGUGGUACAGGAAGAAGUCUGCAUCCUUCAAGAAAAACAUGAUUUUCAUGCAGGACAAUGCUCCAUCACACGCGUCCAAGUACUCCACAGCGUGGCUGGCAAGAAAGGGUAUAAAAAAGAAAAUCUAAUGACAUGGCCUCCUUGUUCACCUGAUCUCAACCCCAUUGAGAACCUGUGGUCCAUCAUCAAAUGUGAGAUUUACAAGGAGGGAAAACAGUACACCUCUCUGAACAGUGUCUGGGAGGCUGUGGUUGCUGCUGCACGCAAUGUUGAUGGUGAACAGAUCAAAACACUGACAGAAUCCAUGGAUGGCAGGCUUUUGAGUGUCCUUGCAAAGAAAGGUGGCUAUAUUGGUCACUGAUUUGUUUUUGUUUUGUUUUUGAAUGUCAGAAAUGUAUAUUUGUGGAUGUUGAGAUGUUAUAUUGGUUUCACUGGUAAUAAUAAAUAAUUGAAAUGGGUAUAUAUUUGUUUUUUGUUAAGUUGCCUAAUAAUUAUGCACAGUAAUAGUCACCUGCACACACAGAUAUCCCCUAACAUAGCUAAAACUAAAAACAAACUAAAAACUACUUCCAAAAAUAUUCAGCUUUGAUAUUAAUGAGAUUUUUGGGUUCAUUGAGAACAUGGUUGUUGUUCAAUAAUAAAAUUAAUCCUCAAAAAUACAACUUGCCUAAUAAUUCUGCACUCCCUGUAUAGUAAGUACAGUUGUCUGGUUAAAACCUGGUGUCUCAACAUCAUUCAUCAUCAUUAUGCUGCACCGGGUAAACGCCGAGAAUUAAGCCUAUGCUCAGAGUGAUUGAACAGUGCUCGGAUGUUGGACUGCACUGAGUGGAGCCAGACAGAAUUCCAAGGGUCUCCAGUGGGAAUAGAUGAAAAGAUGUUUAAUGUUUAAUGUUUGAUGGCGAAACCCAUCGAGCUGUGUUACAUUGUAUGGUUCUGGUAGUGAGGAAGGUGGUAAGAGAUGUAAUAUGUACAUGGGGCAGUGACUAUGUUGUUGAUAUAUUACACAUAGAAGCAUUCAUUAACAUACUGGACAGGGCAAGCUAAGAGCUUGUUCAGGCAAAUGGGGGCUUUGCGGGUCUCAGUAAUCUCACAUGAAUAAUACUGAUGGCUACACUACAAGUAAUGUUGUAUUGUCCUUUUUCAUUGAUUGCCAGUUGCUCAUAUUCCUCCUGAUAUAAAGGGGGGUUACACAUUCAGAUUACAAUGUGAGGCUGUAAAGAUUUAGGGCUUUGAGCAGAGGUCUUGCUUACUCUUGCAUAACUAGUGGUCUAGUCAUUUCAAUACCAUAUAAAUAUAUAAAUAUAUACACUAUAUUAGGUUGAGCACCCAGUGGAAAAUAUCAUUCAGCCUUUACUUAAAAAAAGACUUACUUAUUUAAAAAUUGAGUUACAAAAUAUUUUAUUUGCAACUGUGACCAGGUGUACACAAAAAUAAUUCUAAUAAUUUUCCCCAAAACAUAAUUUAACUCCAACAUACAAAAGUGACCAACUCCCUGCAAAUUGGCACGAACGUGUACAACCUGUGCACACACCUGUGUGUGUAUAUAAAUACGAUACAUAUUUGCUAAACAGUAUCUGUAGGGCCGACGCUCUUCUUAGAGCGCUUAUAGAAGAGAGUCUCCACAUAAGAGUGAGAUUAGCUAACUUUUAAAGACGUACCUGCGAAAUAUCUUAUUAUGAUACAUUAUUACUAUUAUUACUAGUUACAUCCCCAUCAAAUAAUAGUUCCAUUCACAUACCUUCAAUCUGCCUUUGCUACAAUUUAUCCGUAUGAAGAUUCUCUCCAUAUUUAUCUUGCUUGAUGACAAUAAAAUGAACACUCUUUACACACAGAACAAAUGAAAAGAAAAGGUCUAGAAUGCCUGCAUGUGUUGUGGCUAUUAUUUGUUGCCUGUUUUACUCCUAAACCUGGCUGUCAGCCACAUGGCUACAAUGUUUAGACCAGGAGUGCCCGAAAGGUAGAUACCCAGAUAUUUUAAAACUACAGCUUCCAUGAUGCUUUGUCAUUCUAAAGGCAUGCAAAGAAUCAUGGGAGUUAUAGUUCUACAACAUCUUGGAAUCUACCUUUUGGGCACCCUUGGUUUAGAUGUUCUUGUACUUCGGUAGCCAUGAUAUGUAGCUAUAUUAUACACCAACUGGCAUUUCUGCUGUAUCUGGCCGUCUUUUUAUAAUAUUCAAGGAGUUGGGGCUGUUUCCUGCUACUUUGCCAGCCUGUGCUUUUGUUGCUGGAGUACACAGCGGUGCCAUUUAUUCAGUCGUUUAUUCACUCACUCAGACAAUGAAGCAGUUGGACGAUGCAAGGAUAGAGAAAUUUGUGCAAAUGGAACCAUAAAAUUUCAUGCUUAUAGUUGAGUGUUCCACUGCGCUGGAUGGUCACGAACCAGGGAGUGUGUGAUAUGUCAGAACUGGCAAGUGGCAGCCAUAUUAUUUUAUAUAGACUGUGUGUAUUGUAAAAUGACCCUGAAGAUGUCUCAUACUUUAGGGCCGAGGUGUUCAGCUUUGGCCUUUGCCCCAUUCAUCUUUGCAACCAUUGUAAAAUGAAUAGUAGUUUAUUACUUGUUACAUACUGUCAUUUAUUUCAUUAGCAGCGUCAUAUGUAAAUUCACAGCUUAUAUUAUAAAAUGUCCAAUUAUUACCUUGUUUGAUAUUUGAGAUUGUAUUGAUAAUAUUUAUAUACUGGCCUUCACAUAUCUGAGAUAAAUAGAGGCUUUCUUAAAUAUACAUCUAUAUUUGUCCUGUCCCUAUGCUUAAAGGAGCAACAGAUUUUAAACAGUUUUUUAAAGUGACACUCCUAGGUCUGUCUACCAAUAACACUUGCCUCUCAUACCCACUGAGUUGGUAUGUCAGUAUUGAUAUAGUGGGACUAAUAAGCGUUGCUCUUUGGUAUUGAGCACUCGCAAGUCCAAAGAUGGCCCCUAUCUCUGUGAUGAUGGGUUCUGCACACACAGGGCUGCAUACAGUGCUCACAGAGACAGGUCACACUCUGGUCACACUCUAACUCAACAGGAUCAGUACCUGCAAGCCCUUCUCACAUCAGCAGUGACAUGCAAAUAGAGUGUUAGCAGAUGUGUUUAUCCAAUACAUGCCAUCCGAAUAUGGAAAGAAUUGAUUUUGAAAAUGUAUUAGGGUAACUUCCGCAGUUACACUGUAGAGUGAUUGCGCGGGUUGUGAGCGCUCUCGAAAAGAGUUUGACACAAAAUUGGGGCAUGCUGGCACCAUAACCACUACAGCAGGCUGUAAUGCUUAUGGGGCUUCAAGCGACCCUUUAACUGUUUAACAUUUUAUGCAAAAAAUCAAGUAUUACAAUAUUGAAUAUAUUAUUAAACUGUACUAUGAAAUGUCACACACCGUGCUCGCUUAUUUUUUUUUUUUUUUUGCUAGUGCAUUUAGUAUCUUAAGUAUGUUAUAUUAAGGUAAAUAUUAAUUGUAGCUGUUUUCUUCCUCUCUCGCUCUUUUUUCUCCCUUAAACGCUGUGUUAAUAGAAGAAAGUCACGUAGUGUGAGAUGUAUUAGGGAAACUAAACAUUGCUCUGAGUUAUGUCGUUUAGUUCUAACAUUUAAAGGUGUUUAUUGCACAUAAUAUGCAGUUUUUUUGUUUGGCAUGUUUCGUACAGUAAGACAAGGGUCAUACUGAGUGUAUAUCAAGCUAUGUCACUGAAAAGCAUGUAACAGUCUGUACAGCCAAAUUCUGCAGGCAAUCCUGGCAGGAAAUCCGUUACUACUAAAAGACGUAGGGUGCCGUGCUGGUUAUUAGGUCUUGUUAUAUAAUGAUUCCCUUGCUAAUUCUGUUUUUUUGUUUUGUUUUUCUCUCCAUCUCACUAGCCACCACCCAGGGUCCGUAAACAUCGAUUCAGGAAGAAAAGUACAUCUGCCUCAUACACGGAAACUGUGUGAGCCCCACCUUCAUCAUCAAGAUCACCAGAAUGUCCCUUAACUGCCUUAAAAGAAGCCACAGGGUGGUGUCACCUCCCCAACCCCAGCUAUCCCACAAUAUAAAUAUCAAUUAGAACAUAGAACCUCUUUAAAAAGGCUAAGCUUGAACUUUGUAGCUUUAUUUAAAUUGUCUACUGGCCUACAGCAACACAUCAGUCUCGCUAGAAUUGACGUGUCUGAUUUGGAACACCUUGUAAAUGGAAACAUUAUCCUCUCUACUGAUAUUCUCCUAGCCUUUGGUAAUCAAUAUGGAAACUUAAUGUACAGUUUAUUGGUCACCCUUGCCCCAUUCAGUUAAUCAAUGACCGGAUUAAUGAGUCCAUAAAUGUAUUUAAUUUUUUUUCUUCAGUUUUUGUGUUUUUGUUUUUUUAAUUUAAAAAUUGAGAGGCAAGGGACACCUGUAGCAUAUGUACUAAACUGUAAACUGUCCAGUGACCAAUGAUCACAAUGGAUUGUCCCUCACACCUGAACUUGGUGAUUCCCCCAUUUGGGGCCUGUGCUCUCUAAUGGAAUUAUUUAUGAAAUAGCCAUGUACUUUCAAAAAAAAAAAACACUUUUUUUUGUAAUUCUGUCUGUACUUGCUGGAUAUUUUAUUUUGAUGUGUCAGUAUGUGUUGUGUCCAUAUGUGUUUAUAUAUAGCGCCGGUUAGGCCGUAUUUUCAUUAGAUAUAACAUCAGGAAUCCAUGUUCGGUAAGUCACUGAGAAUUAACACAACAGAAAGGAAAAGUUUCAUUGGAUAAAAGAAGGAAGGGAAAAGCAUUUGUUUCUGUUGAUUUUUUUUGUAAUAUUCCUUAUGAUCAGGUACUUUGGAUGUAUGGCGAGUGCUUGUUCUGUUGGCACAUGGUCCAUAAUUAAAUGCCAGAGAAUUACCAAACUGUGACUCAAGUUAUACUAAGUUUUGUUAUAUAAUAGCACAUCAUCUGUGUGAAGACACCAGGCAUUAUUAAGAAGGUAAACGUGGGAGAGAAUCUGUGUAGGUGUGCUCAAAGGAAAGAUAGAGAUUGGGACAAUUUAUAGGUUCUCCAUACAGGUGGACUCCCUGAAAACUUGUACUUCCUUUGGCCCAGCUAUGGCUAAGCAGGCUGGGAAACGUAGUCUUCAACAGCAAAUUUUACCUUUGUUUCUUGCAAUCUCCUCUGGUAUGAACCAGGUUAAGUAUUAGAAACCAUGCAUAGCUCUGUCUUAGUCUAUUCUUGUUGGGGAUUCCUUGAUGUUUUUUGUCUGUUCACAUUCACAAUGUUGAUAAAUCACAAUCACUAAUGGACAGUUUUGGGGUAUAAAGGGUAUGAACUACAAGACAUCUGUAUUUCUAAGGGCAUUAUAGCCUACACAGAGCUGUGUUCCCACAGCCCUCCAUAAAUACAACAUGGUAGCUACUCAAGAGCACUAUGCACAUUGAACCGUGUAGACUCCUGGCCAAGGUGCAGGUGACAUCAUAUCUGACUGCGUUGAAAGAACUAGCAUGGAGACAGAGGGAACUUAAAUUACGUUUCUGUUUUUUUAAUCUUUAUUUAGGUACAGGCAGAAAUACCCAAAAAUAUCACAUGUAUACACAUACAGCUUAAAAUAUUCUGUAUCUCCAUUCUGUCAGUUGUAACAAUUCUAAAACCAUCCCAACAACCCAGUAGGAAAUAAGUGAUAGAAAGAGAGAAAAAAAGACAGACGCUUAAAGAAAGAAGCAGAAAAAAAAGAAGAAAUUAGAGGAAAUUGUCAAUGACCGUGAGGGUUUUUUUUUUUAAUUUGUAUUUAUUUUGCAAUACAAAACAAACGUAACCCUGUGUAUACAUGAAGUUGGUAGUAAAGAGAAAUUAAAUAUGACAUAGAUUUUCACAAUAAUGAGCUAUGUGUUGUUCUCUCUCUAAAAGCAGAACAAACCAAUUUAUUGUUAUGAGUGGGGAAUGUAAAUGUGAGACAAAAGAAAAAGUGUUUACGGCUUUACAGGAAAAGCGGUGUUUGAAAGCAACUACUGCUACCAACCUCUAUAGACUACAAAGGCUGGCUUGUCAGCGACUUAGCCAUAUCACUCACAUAGGAAUCUACAACACACUUUGCCAUGGAGUAAUAGCACUAUAUGCCCACCGUGACAUUUUCACGAUGACACGCUAGUCGUGCUGUAUAGUGAUAGUGUAAUUCAGUGUUAUGGGGAUUUGACGUAUUAGUCAUAUGAUGCAGGUGCUUCCCAACCACCAUAUAUGUGUCUAUCUUCCUUGUUUGCCUCCCUAUAUAAUUUAUAUCCUGUAAUUAUAGCUAAGAUGGACUUUUUUUUUAUUGUAAAAGGUUCUUUUUCCAUGUUUUGCAUCGAUGUAUCCAGUAUGUAUAUUUUGGAUAAAGUAGUUCUGCUAGAUUGCAACAUAAAGUGUAUCAUUAAAGGAACACUAUAAUGUCAAGAAUAUAAAUAGAUAUUCCUGACACUAUAGUGCUCGAAUACAUGUUUCGCUCCCCGGCCUUCCUCUUUGUGGAGAUUAAAAGUUUUUAAACGUGCCUCUUCUCCAACGCCGCACUGGUGUUGCUGUGGCUGGCCCCACCUCCAUGACUGAGAUCAUCAAUCUUGAUGAUCUCAGCGAAUCCAAUGCUUUCCCAUAGGAAAGAAUUGAGAGGCUAUUGUGCAUGUGCAGAAAAACACCACAUUGCACCAAAUCCCUCCUCUUAUAAUAUUGUAAAGCGCUACGGUAUCUGUUGGCGCUAUAUAAAUGGCAAUAAUAGUAAUAAUAAUUAGCAUCUCCUCUAUGGAGAACGUUCAGCGCCACCAUGCAGAAGAUGGAGACGUUGAAUGUCACUAGAAUAGGAAGCCCCUCUAGUGGCGAUCUGAGUGACUGUCACUAGAGGUAUUACUAGGCAGCAAUGUAAACACUGCCUUUUCCUGGAAAAGGCAGUGUUUACAGUGCUAAGACAGAAGGGACAUGCCAGAGACACCAGAACCACUACAUUAAGCUGUAGUGGUGCUGGUGCUUAUGGUGUGCCAUAAAAUUUUAUUCACUUAACGGGGAGCUUUGGAGUGUUAUUACUUGCCUAGACACUAAGAUAUCAACAUUACAACAUAAGACAUGAAGGGUAGACUGCCAAUUACAUCAGGUGCUACACACUAACCUUGUCCUUUAUUUAGAAUUUGUUUGUAGCUGGUGUACUCUGCUACUGAUCUAUACAUAAUUUAGAACAGUGUUAUUAAGAGAAUUAAAAAGUAGCUCCAGUAGGGUGUACAGAUUGUCUAUUAUUCUGCUCAGAUUAUUACCCUGCAUUGGAAGGUGCAAGACUCUGUGGCCCAGCAAUUCCAAAUAUAUAUAUAUAGUAUUAACUAUAUAGAUGGCUGGGUUUAACACUGUGUCUAUAGUAAUGGGAGCAGGUAGAAUAGUUGGUUUGACAUAAACCAAGGUCUGCAAUAAAAGAUACAGUUAUGGCUGAUAAUGCUAAUGAAGGUUUGGGAUACCAGAAGUCAGGAAUACAUAUAACAAAGUUAACAGAAAUCACUAAGUACAAUAACGCAUUUGUGGACUGCAAAAACUACAACAGGUCCUCAGGUGUUUUUGUAUUAGUCCCCAGGUUUACAUAUUACUAGUAUCACUAGCAGGGUUACUUACUAAAGUGGGGAUUUAAAACGAAUUUCAAAUGUAAGGCCUGACUAGCUAAGUGAAAGCAAACCUGAUUUAUAGAAUUUCUCCGUGUAGACUAUUUUGAAUUCACCUUGAAUUCUGACUUUGGUGAUAACCCUGCAAGAAAUACAGAAUAUGUUCAAUUCUCAGUACAAUUCAUUCUACAGAUUACAAAGCUUUAAGCAAAAAAAAUAAAUAAAAUAGAUAAAGGAAAUCUGUGAGCCGUUUUUUUGCAUUGUUAUUGCAAAAAAAUCUUUCUAUGGGAUUCAAUGAGAGUAAGUUCCCAAAUAGUUACAAAUUACUAUAAUAGUGUGUCCACAUCUUAACAUUCCAAAAUAAAUGGCACUGCCCAUGGGGAGGUUUAGGAGCCUGUGUCUUUCACUACGAAAUAGCUUGGGUGGGAAAUGUUACCUGGUGUACUCUAUAUAAGAAGUCAAACCACACUGCAGUGGUUAUGGUGCUUGGAGUAUUCUUUUAAAAACUAUUUUCCAUUCAUGAAAACUGCAAUUUCUUGCAGUGAUUAGCCCCCGACAUAUCUAUUAAUGCUAUGCAGGUUAGAGGAAGUGCAUCAAUUCAACUUGAUGAUGGAGUAUUCCCAAGGUACCCCCAGGAAGUUCAGAUUAGGUAGAAAUAAUUUAUUCACGAUUUAUCUAAAAAAAGCUGCUGAACUGAUUAAAACCACGUAUGCCUCAUGCUGAUAUUUUUAGAAGUGUUAUAUAAUGGCGUAACGAAAUGUAUGAUUAGAAUACCACUUUCAUGACGUAAGUAUACAGUUAAUUCCAGUUAAAAAUGUUUUUUAAUAUUUUCCAGUUCUUACAUUUUUCAAGCUGAAAAUAAGUAAACACCUCCUCGUGCUUGCAAAAAAAUAAAGUGUUUGAGUAGUUUAUCUGCUUGUUAAGUUUACACACGCCUUCAAGCCACAUGGAGGGAAGGUAAAACAAAAUGUCUUCAGAAAUAGGGUAAGACACACAGAUUAGCUUGUAAAGGGACAAAUAGCUGUCAAAAGUUGGUUAUACAACAGGACUAAGUUUAAUUACUUUGCUGCAGCAGACAUACUGCAUGUUUUGUGAUUAUAUUGGUAAAACAGGAUUUUUUUUAUAUAUAUAUAUAUUUGAUGAAUGUGCUCAUAUGUGUUUUAAUCAUUUAACACUCUAUAUCAUAAUAUUAGUGCCUGCUUUUUUUUAUUGUGCUACUAAUGCCACUGUGAUGUAGCCUUGGUGCUGUUACACACUCUCAAGAAUAGUUUAGAACUUGUUUAAUGCCAUCUCUGCACUACAAUCACUGUCGUUUAUGUGUUUAUUUGCAUACUUCAUGUAUUAAUAGGAAUUGUUAGAGAGCUCUCCCACAAAGCAUAUAAAAUGACAAAUUGAGAGACAUGAAAGGCUCGUUUACUGUGCACCGGUGUGAUUCCAUAACAAUAAGAUUAAUAUACUUUUAUCUAAGACCAUUUCCUCCUCCAGGACCGCCUAUCGUACAGAUCCAGUCUCUUAAGAUUUACAUAAAAUUAUAUCAUAUUUUAAUUUGUGCAAUGUAUCUGGCAGGCCAGAGGAUUUAUUAUAUUUUAUAUUUUGGUUGCGUGUAUGGUUACUGUAUGUGCUGCAUGUUUUCUGUUUUGUAAGUUUCUUUUGAAGCUGUAUGUAAUUUAAAUUAAAUAAAAAGCCAGA